AUGUCAGUCAACAAAGGUAGGUAAACCAACCACAUGUCAGUCACCAAAGGUAGGUAAAACAACCACAUGCCAGUCAACUAAGGUAGGUAAACCAACCACAUGUCAGUCACCAAAGGUAGGUAAAACAACCACAUGCCAGUCAACUAAGGUAGGUAAAACACCCACGUCAGUCAACUAAGGUAGGUAAAACAACCACGUCAUUCUAUUUAAUUCAAUGGGAGACCGUAGGUUGUUUUUUCCCUCAACACAGAGACUGUCUGCAGAUCAACAGCAGAGCUCCUUCCCGUCUAUCUUGCAGCUUGUUGAGUGCAACACCACUCCAACUACACAAGCACUUAGUGCACGGGAAGUCUGAAUAUCUCACACGAGAGGAAAGAUUGUGCUUUAUCAAUCGCCCUACAAGCCUAGUCUCAUACUAUAUGUGCUGUAGCAAACUCUUCUAUCAUAACCAUGAGCCAUACUGUACGAGACUAAACUAUCGGCUUACAUGGUCCUCGAUAGAGGCUGAAUAUCGUCAUCACCUAGUCAUCCUAUUACAGGUUAUUACACUCAGAGAGGAGUCAGACAAGUGGUCACAAUAACCAGCAUUUCUUUGAUCUUGUCCUGAUAACAUCUACACAGCACUAUUGCAGCUGUUGGUCCACGCAGGUUAUUGAGAAGACUUGACAUACUGCAUGUCUGCAAAAUAAUAUUUGCUUCCUUCAGUGAGACUACUUGCAGCAUAAUUAAUUAAUUGAUUUGAGACCCAACAUGAAACAUUUCAGAGAAUACUAUUUCAAUAUAUUUUCAUUCCUAGAUCCUAAGACAACAAAAAUAGGCAUUUUGGUCUUGAUUUCCAGGCAUUGACACUACACAAGGUAAUGAGGGAAUGGAUUCACAUUUGUUUGGUAUGGUCAUCUUGAGUUGAUUUACAUCUCCAGAAAGAACACGGAGGGUUUCUGAGGAUUCACACUGGUUCAAAGACCUAUCAUCCUAAUCAGACAGCCAUUCUUGAAGUGGUUUAAGAACGCUUGAUAAGUUCCUUUCCUGAAGAUGGCUCACCCCUCACAGUUCUGGGUGACUUUAACCUCCCUACGUCUACCUUUGACUCAUUUCUCUCUGCCUCCUUCUUUCCACUCCUCUCCUCUUUUGACCUCACCCUCUCACCAUCCCCCUCUACUCACAAGGCAGGCAAUACGCUUGACCUCAUCUUUACUAGAUGCUGUUCUUCUACUAAUCUCACUGCAACUCCCCUCCAAGUCUCCGACCACUACUUUGUAUCCUUUUCUCUCUCGCUCUCCUCCAACACUACUCACUCUGCCCCUACUCAGAUGGUAAUGCGCCGUCGCAACCUUCGCUCUCUCUCUCCCGCUACUCUCUCCUCUUCCAUCCUAUCAUCUCUUCCCUCUGCUCAAUCCUCUGCUCUCGUCCUUCUAGACCUAUCUGCUGCCUUUAUUACUGUGAACCAUCAGAUCCUCCUCUCCACCCUCUCCGAGUUGGGCAUCUCCAGCGCUGCUCACUCUUGGAUUGCGUCCUACCUGACAGGUCGCUCCUACCAGGUGGCGUGGCGAGAAUCUGUCUUCGCACCACGUGCUCUCACCACUGGUGUCCCCCAGGGCUCAGUUCUAGGCCCUUUCCUAUUCUCGCUAUACACCAAGUCACUUGGCUCUGUCAUAUCCUCACAUGGCCUCUCCUAUCAUUGCUACGCAGACAACACACAAUUAAUCUUCUCCUUUCCCCCUUCUGAUAACCAGGUGGCGAAUCGAAUCUCUGCAUGUCUGGCAGACAAAUCAGUGUGGAUGACGGAUCACCACCUCAAGCUGACCCUCGGCAAGACGGAGCUGCUCUUCCUCCCGGGGAAGGACUGCCCGUUCCAUGAUAUUGCCAUCACGGUUGACAACUCCGUUGUGUCCUCCUCCCAGAGUGCAAAGAGCCUUGGCGUGACCCUGGACAACACCCUGUCGUUCUCAGCUAACAUCAAGGCGGUGACCCGAUCCUGUAGGUUCAUGCUCUACAACAUUCGCAGAGUACGACCCUGCCUUACACAGGAAGCGGCACAGGUCCUAAUCCAGGCACUUGUCAUCUCCCAUCUGGAUUACUGCAACUCACUGUUGGCUGGGCCCCCUGCCUGUGCCAUUAAACCCCUACAACUCAUCCAGAAUGCCGCAGCCCGUCUGGUGUUCAACCUUCCCAAGUUCUCUCACGUCACCCUGCUCCUGCUUGCCUACGGAGCUGUGAGGGGAACGGCACCUCCGUACCUUCAGGCUCUGAUCAGUCCCUACACCCAAACGAGGGCAUUGCGUUCAUCUGCUCAGCUGGUAGAGCACGGCGCUUGUAACGCCAAGGUACUGGGUUCGAUCCCCGGGACCACCCAUACACAAAAAUGUAUGCACGCAUGACUGUAAGUCGCUUUGGAUAAAAGCGUCUGCUAAAUGGCUUAUUAUUAUUAUUAUUAUUAUUAUUAUUAUUAUUAUCCACCUCUGGCCUGCUGGCCCCCCUACCUCUGCGGAAGCACAGUUCCCGCUCAGCCCAGGCAAAACUGUUCGCUGCUCUGGCACCCCAAUGGUGGAACAAGCUCCCUCACGACGCCAGGACAGCGGAGUCACUGACCACCUUCUGGAGACACUUGAAACCCCACCUCUUUAAGGAAUACCUGGGAUAGGAUAAAGUAAUCCUUCUACCCCCCCUUACCCCACCCCAAAAAAAAAAAAAAAUUGUAAAGUGGUUGUCCCACUGGCUAUCAUAAGGUGAAUGCACCAAUUUGUAAGUCACUCUGGAUAAGAGAGUCUGCUAAAUGACGAAAAUGUAAACGUAAAAGUAAGAAGGUUGAGGUGAAUACUGAUGUAUUACACUGAAAGCCUGUUAACAUGGGUAUACAUGAAGAUAAAACAAUGCUGGGAUUCUGUGGUGUGAACAAAAACACUGAUAAAAAAAAAAGGUUUGAUCUGUAUGUAUGUUGUCGUCGUCUCAAUCUCUUGAACCAUUUUAUCUCCCACACACAGCAAACACAAUGCUAAUAAAAAGGAAUAUAAGGCCAAAACAAAACGUACCUAAGUUGUUGUUCAAUUAAUGGAAGAAAUAACAUGUCAGGAUAUAGCAAGGACUCCACCUUUGACAGUGAUGAGAUUUGAUAUCAAAUUUUUUUUUAACAUUUAAUGUUCAUUAAACCCCUACAACUUAUCCAGAACGCUGUAGCCCGUCUGGUGUUCAACCUUCCCAAGUUCUUUCAUGUAACCCCGCUCCUCCGCACACUCCACUGGCUUCCAGUUGAGGCUCGCAUCUACUACAAGACCAUGGUGCUUGCCUACGGAGCUGUGAGGGGAACGGCACCUCCUUACCUUCAGGCUCUGAUCAGACCCUACACCCAAACGAGGGCACUACAUUCAUCCACCUCUGGCCUGCUAGCCCCCCUGCCUCUACGGAAGCACAGUUCCAGUUCAGCCCAGUCAAAGCUAUUCACUGCUCUGGCACCCCAAUGGUGGAACAAGCUCCCCCACGACACCAGGACAGCGGAGUCACUGACCACCUUCCGGAGACACUUGAAACCCAACCUCUUUAAGGAAUACCUGGAAUAGUAUAAAGGUAAUCCUUCAAUAUGGAAUGUCAAAUAAGAUUUGUUGAUCCAACUCAUAAACGUUACUUAAAGAUUGUACCCUGGUAAUAAGGCAGCUUAUUUAUUCUAUGAAAAUAACUUAUUCUCUAGUUGGAAGACGGCGGGGCGACUGGGGCCACUUUGACGGCGGGGCGACUGGGGCCGCUCUGCAUUCGGCAGAGGGGCACGGUGCAGUCACGUUUCUGCCCCUCCGUGUCCAUGUCCAGCAGAGAGCAGUCAAUCUUGACCUCGGCGGAGGAGAGGACGAUGUUGAGGCUCCUGGCGCUCUUCUCUCCAGAGAAUAGGCCCAGUGAGUAGCUUUUGUUGCGGCCCCUCAGGAGACCCCAGGAGUGAGGUUUGCCCCGGAGGGACAGAGGCCGGGGCCUGGAGGUGACAGUCUCCCCACUGGCUGCUCUCUUAGGGGUGUCCACCCUGUCAGACUUCUUCUUCUGAGAGGUAGUGGUGGAAGACUGUCCCGAUGAGGUCGUGAGAGAGCCAGAUGUACCGUUAGCUGGGGACAGAAAGGAGAAACAGAGGCUGUUUCAUCGCUCAGUGGUGUCAACUCACAAUUAAACACUACUGCAUCAAAUAUAUACAGCCUCUAUGUGUCACCCACGGUCCUGAUGUCACGUUCACUCACUGUCCUGAACGACGGCCGACUUCUUCCUCCAGAGGCGAAAGCCCAUACUCUGACGGCAGUCUGCUCUGGGGCAGCAGGCUGGGGAGGGGGAGGCUGGAGUCCUGCAGCCAGGCGCCUCUGGACCCUGGGGCUGGGAGCCGCUGCUGGGCUGUGGCCUGGGGUCCGACAGGCUGACAGGGGCCACUUCCUUCACAGGGCUGGGCUCUGGCCCCUCCAAGUCAGACUGCAGGAGGCGCUUGGUGGAGUUGCACUCUGAGAUGGAAGACAUGGAGAUGAGGUUGACGGGGCCUUGGGAGGCUGCCGACGAGGACAAGUCUGCCUCCUCCUUAUGGCAGGAACGUCCGACAGGGGGGCUGGUGCUGCGGCGGAAGCAUGUGGCAUGCUGGAACAGACCCUCUUUCUUCUCCUUCUCCACACUGGGUUGGGGCUCAGGGUCGUCUGCUGGUGGGGCCUUGAGCACGUCACGCAAAUCAAAGCCCAAUGCCACCAUAGAGGCACAGCCGUAGAGUACGGUGUCUGUCCAGCGGCGAGCGGAGGCCCUCUUCAGGCUGUUGGUGGGGGUGUGCUGGGGGGUGGUGCUGGGGUCCUCCAGGCUUUCUCCAGGGCUAGUUCUUUCACUCUGUGGUCCAACUCAUCCCAACCCAUCUCAAGUGGGUUGAGGUCGGGUGAUUGUGUAGGCCAGGUCAUCUGAUGCAGCACUCCAUCACUCUCCUUCUUGGUCAAAUAGCCCUUACACAGCCUGGAGGUGUGUUUUGGGUCAUUGUCCUGUUGAAAAACAAAUGAUAGUCCCACUAAGCGCAAACCAGAUGGGAUGGCGUAUCGCUGCAGAAUGCUGUGGUAGCCACGCUAGUUAAGUGUGCCUUGAAUUCUAAAUAAAUCACAGAGUGUCAGCAGCAAAGCACCCCCACAGCAUCACACCUCCUCCUCCAUCCUUCACGGGAACCAUACGUGGAGAGAUCAUCCGUUCACCUACUCUGCGUCUUACAAAGACACGGCGGUUGGAACCAAAAAUCUCAAAUUUGGACUCAUCAGACCAAAGGACAGAUUUCCACCAGUAUAACGUCCAUUUCUCGUGUUUCUUGGCCCAAGCAAGUCUCUUCUUAUUAUUGGUUUCCUUUAGUAGUGGUUUCUUUGUAGCAAUUCAACCAUGAAGGCCUGAUUCACGCUGUCUCCUCUGAACAGUUGAUGUUGAGAUGUGUCUGUUACUUGAACUCUGUGAAGCAUAUAUUUGGGCUGCAAUCUGAGGUGCAGUUAACUCUAAUGAACUUAUCCUCUGCAGCAGAGGUAACUCUGGGUCUUCCUUUCCUGUGGCAGUCCUCAUGAGAGCCAGUUUCAUCAUAGCACUUUAUGGUUUUUGCGACUGCACUUGAAGAAACUUUCAAAGUUCUUGACAUUUUCCGGAUUGACUGACCUUCAUGUCUUAAAGUAAUGAUGGACUGUCAUUUCUCUUUGCUUAUUUGAGAUGUUCUUGCAAUAAUAUUGACUUGGUCUUUUACCAAAUAGGGCUAUCUUCUGUAUACCCCCCUACCUUGUCACAACACAGCUGAUUGGCUCAAACGCAUUAAGGAAAGAAAUUCCACAAAUUAACUUUUAAGAAGGCACACCUGUUAAUUUAAAUGCAUGAAGCUGGUUGAGAGGAUGCCAAGAGUGUGCAAUCCCCACAGCAUGAUGCUGCCACCUCCGUGCGUCACCGUAGGGAUGGUGCCAGGUUUCCUCCAGACAUGACGCUUGGCGUUCAGGCCAAAGAGUUCAAUAUUGGUUUCAUCAGACCAGAUAAUCUUGUUUCUCAUGGUCUGAGUCCUUUAGGUGCUUUUGGCAAACUCCAAGCGGGCUGUCAUGUGCCUUUUACUGAGGAGUGGCCUCCGUCUGGCCACUAACAUAAAGGCCUGAUUGGUGGAGUGCUGCAGAGAUGGUUGUCCUUCUGGAAGCUUCUCCCAUCUCCACAGAGGAACUCUGGAGCUCUGUCAGAGUGACCAUCGGGUUCUUGGUCACCUCCCUGACCAAGGCCCUUCUCCCCCGAUUGCUCAGUUUAGCCGGGGGGCCAGCUCUAGGAAGAGUCUUGGUGGUUCCAAACUUCUUGCAUUUAAGAAUGAUGGAGGCCACUGUGUUCUUGAGGACCUUCAAUGCUGCAGAAAUUGUUUGGUAGCCUUCCCCAGAUCUGUGCCUCGACACAAUCCUGUCUCUGAGCUCUACGGCUUUUCCAAAUCAUGUCCAAUCAAUUGAAUUUAACACAGGUGGACUCCAAUCAAGUUGUAGAAACAUCUCAAGGAUGAUCAAUGGAAACAGGAUGCACUUGAGUGGGUUUAGUCACUGACGUGAUCUUCCUGUCUGGUUUGUCGCCCCCUCGGGCUCGUGCAGUGGAGGAGAUCUUUGUGGGCUAUACUCAGCCUUGUCUCAGGGUAGUAGGUCGGUUGUCUGUUGAUAUCCCUCUGGUGGUGUGUGGGCUGUGCUUUGGCAAAGUGGGUGGGGUUAUAUCCUGCCUGGUUGGCCCUGUCCGGGGGUAUCGUUGGACAGGGCCACAGUGUCUCCCGACUCCCCCUGUCUCAGCCUCCAGUAUCUAUGCUGCAAUAGUCUAUGUGCCUGGGGGCUAGGGUCAGUCUGUUAUAUCUGGUGUUAUUCUCCUGUCUUAUCCGGUGUCCUGUGUGAAAUUAAGUAUGAUCCCUCUAAUUCUCUCUCGCUCUCCCUCCCCUCCCGGAGGACCUGAGCCCUACAUUUACAUUUACGUCAUUUAGCAGACGCUCUUAUCCAGAGCGACCCACAGUUAGUGCAUACAUUAUUCUUUUUUUUUUUUUUUCAUACUGGCCCCCCGUGGGAAUCGAACCCACAACCCUGGCGUUGCAAACGCCAUGCUCUACCAACUGAGCUACCUCCCUGCCGGCCAUUCCCUCCCCUACCCUGGAUGACGCUGGGCCAAUUGUGCGCCGCCCCAUUGGUCUCCCGGUUGCGGCCGGCUACAGCAGAGCCUGGAUUCGAACCAGGAUCUCUAGUGGCACAGCUAGCACUGCGAUGCAGUGCCUUAGACCACUGCGCCACUCGGGAGAUAGCCCUAGGACCAUGCCUCAGGACUACCUGGCCUGAUGACUCCUUGCUGUCCCCAGUCCACCUGGUCGUGCUGCUGCUCCAGUUUCCACUCUUCUGCCUGUGGCUAUGGAACCCUGACCUGUUCACCGGACGUGCUACCUUGUCCCAGACCUGCUCUUUUCAACUAUCUCUCUCUCUACCACACCUGCUAUUUCAACCUCUAAAUGCCCGGCUAUGAAAAGCCAAGUGACAUUUACUCCUGAUGUACUGACCUGUUGCAACAACUACAACCACUGUGAUUAUUAUUUGACCAUCUAUGAAGGUUUGAACAUCUUGGAGAAAAAUCUGGCCUUAAUGGCCAUGUACUGUUAUAAUCUCCACUCGGCACAGCCAGAAGGGGCCUGGCCACCACUCAGAGCCUGGUUCCUCUCUAGGCUUCUUGUAGGUUUCUGCCUUUCUAGGGAGUUUUUCCUAACCACCGUGCUUCUACAUCUGCAUUGCUUGAUGUUUGGGGUUUUAGGCUGGGUUUCUGGAGAGCACUUUGUGACAUCUGCUGAUGUAAAAAGAGCUUUAUAAAUCCAUUUGAUUGAUUGAUUGACCUGAGCUCAAUUUUGAGUCUCAUAGCAAAGGGUCUGAAUACUUAUGUAAAUAAGGUAUUUUUUAUUUAUUUUUUGUUUAUACAUUUGCAAAAAUGUCUAAAAACCUGUUUUCAUUUUGUCAUUAUGGGGUAUUGUGUGUAAAUUGAUGAGGAUUUUUUUAUUAUUAAAUCCAUUUUAGAAAAAGGCUGUAACGUAACAAAAUGUGGAAAAGGUCAAGAGGUCUGAAUACCUUCCAAAUGCACUGUAUUUAGGUGCAGGAGCUCCACAAUACUUUUUGAACUAAUAUUUUAUAAGAGAAACAGGAGCUCAAGCAGUAGAACAUUUGAGGUGCUGGUACUCAGCUCCGGCGAGCUCCUGCCCAAGUCAAGCACUGCUUCUUAUCCCUUGCACAAAUAUCCUGCAGCUGUGACUGUCCCGAGCCCACUGGCCCAGGGAAACUCUGAGGGACCAGAAUAUUUUAUACAAUGUUGCUAGCGCAAGCUUCGGGGCUGGACCCAAUUGAAUAGUUGAUACAAUGUUUCAAGUUCAUUGCAGACAGGCCAUGUGUAGGCAAUGUGAUUUAUAGGAUAUUUAUUUUUAUCAGGAUAUUUUCUACCUGCAGGCUGCAAUGUUUUUAUUUGUUGGCUAUAUGUAGGCUACUUUUACAUAGUUUGCAAUGGCAAUAGAAGUUACUUUUUAGGUUUGUAUCAUUUUCAUUGAGAUUUGGAUAGAAUUUUGAUUAACCACAUGACAAUGACUUUGAGAUUUGAAGACGUUAUUAUAUAUUAAAUGAAAUAGUUUCACGAAAAUGUGCAUAUGAAAGCCAUAACUGGCAUGCAUAUCGGUAGAAAUUGUAAGAUAAAUUGGCAUUCCACAUGAGAAUGGUUGCCGACUCCUCGUGUAGCCUAUUACCGGCAACUUCAGGAGAGUAAUGGCAGAAUCUGCGAAAGCCAGCAGGAGCAGGAGGAGAAUAGUUGGGUCAAGUUUUUCUUCUUCUGGUUUUAUACAUAUAUAUAUAUAUAUAUAUAUAUAUAUAUACACUGCUCAAAAAAAUAAAGGGAACACUUAAACAACACAAUGUAACUCCAAGUCAAUCACACUUCUGUGAAAUCAAACUGUCCACUUAGGAAGCAACACUGAUUGACAAUAAAUUUCACAUGCUGUUGUGCAAAUGGAAUAGACAACAGGUGGAAAUUAUAGGCAAUUAGCAAGACACCCCCAAUAAAGGACUGGUUUUGCAGGUCGUGACCACAGACCACUUCUCAGUUCCUAUGCUUCCUGGCUGAUGUUUUGGUCACUUUUGAAUGCUGGCGGUGCAUCCACUCUAGUGGUAGCAUGAGACGGAGUCUACAACCCACACAAGUGGCUCAGGUAGUUCAGCUCAUCCAGGAUGGCACAUCAAUGCGAGCUGUGGCAAGAAGGUUUGCUGUGUCUGUCAGCGUAGUGUCCAGAGCAUGGAGGUGCUACCAGGAGACAGGCCAGUACAUCAGUAGACGUGGAGGAGGCCGUAGGAGGGCAACAACCCAGCAGCAGGACUGCUACCUCCGCCUUUGUGCAAGGAGGAGCAGGAGGAGCACUGCCAGAGCCCUGCAAAAUGACCUCCAGCAGGCCACAAAUGUGCAUGUGUCUGCUCAAACGGUCAGAAACAGACUCCAUGAGGGUGGUAUGAGGGCCCGACGUCCACAGGUGGGGGUUGUGCUUACAGCCCAACACCGUGCAGGACGUUUGGCAUUUGCCAGAGAACACCAAGAUUGGCAAAUUCGCCACUGGCGCCCUGUGCUCUUCACAGAUGAAAGCAGGUUCACACUGAGCACAUGUGACAGACGUGACAGAGUCUGGAGACGCCGUGGAUAACGUUCUGCUGCCUGUAACAUCCUCCAGCAUGACUGGUUUGGCGGUGGGUCAGUCAUGGUGUGGGGUGGCAUUUCUUUGGGGGGCCGCACAGCCCUCCAUGUGCUCGCCAGAGGUAGCCUGACUGCCAUUAGGUACCGAGAUGAGAUCCUCAGACCCCUUGUGAGACCAUAUGCUGGUGCGGUUGGCCCUGGGUUCCUUCUACUGCAAGAAAAUGCUAGACCUCAUGUGGCUGGAGUGUGUCAGCAGUUCCUGCAAGAGGAAGGCAUUGAUGCUAUGGACUGGCCCGCCCGUUCCCCAGACCUGAAUCCAAUUGAGCACAUCUGGGACAUCAUGUCUCGCUCCAUCCACCAACGCCACGUUGCACCACAGACUGUCCAGGAGUUGGCGGAUGCUUUAGUCCAGGUCUGGGAGGAGAUCCCUCAGGAGACCAUCCGCCACCUCAUCAGGAGCAUGCCCAGGCGUUGUAGGGAGGUCAUACAGGCACGUGGAGGCCACACACACUACUGAGCCUCAUUUUGACUUGUUUUAAGGACAUAAAUUUGAUUUCCAUUUAUAAUUUUUGUGUGAUUUUGUUGUCAGCACAUUCAACAAUGUAAAGAAAAAAGUAUUUAAUAAGAUUAUUUCAUUCAUUCAGAUCUAGGAUGUGUAAUUUUAGUGUUCCCUUUAUUUUUUUGAGCAGUGUAUAUCUGGCACCCUCUUGAGGCACCAAACCGUAAGCUUAAAGCAUCAGACAAGCUCAAUGCUUAUAGUUGAUUUUAUUAAAACACAUAGGGUGUGUCUAUAUAUGGACAAAUAAAUAACUUUCUGUCGACCAAGAUUUUUUUUGGUCGGGGACAGCCUUAUUUCCAACAGAGACAAAUUCACCUUUCAGCAGGACAAUAACCUAAAACACAAGGUGUAAUCUACACUGGAGUUGCUUACCAAGAUGACAUUGUAUGUUCCUGAGUGUCCUAGAUAGAGUUUUGACUUAAAUUGGCUUGAAAAUCUAUGGCAAGACAUGAAAAUGGCUGUCUUGCAAUGAUCAACAACCAACUUGACAGAGCUUGAAGAAUUUAAAAAAUAAUAAUGAGCAAAAAUUGUACAAUCCAGGUGUGCAAAACUCUUAGAGACUUACCCAGAAAGAUUCACAGCUGUAAUCGCUGCCAAAAGUGAUUCUAACAUGUAUUGACUCGGGUGUGAAUACUUAUGUAAAUGAGAUAUUUCUGUAUUUCAUUUUCAAUACAUUUGCAAACAUUUCUAAAAACAUGUUUUCACUUUGUCAUAAUGGUAUAUCGUGUGUAGAAGGGUGAGAAAAAUAAUAUAUUUAAUCCAUUUUGAAUUCAGGCUGUAACAAAACAAAAUGUGGAAUAAGUCAAGGGGUAUGAAUACUUUCUGAAGGCACUGGAUGCCAUGAUAAAGCACACGUAAAAAGCUUUGUUUCACAGCACACUUAAACACAUAUACUUUUGAUAUUGUUAUGUAUCUGACCCAGGUCUGUCUUGUUGCAGUAUGUUGGAUUGUCUGAGGUGCACUUACACUGGAUAGCCCGGAGGCGGGGUAUGAGUGUGGGGCUGCUGGGGGGGCUGGUGUUGUUCAGACUCCUCCUGUCCAUGGAGGGUGAUGCCUGCACCGUGAUCUUGUGCUGGAAAUCUAGAAAACAGAGACACAGGCCAGGGUGGUUGGUCAGUUUGACCAUUGGUGUAAUCUCUCGUGGACAGACUACAUAACAUAAAUGGUAUUGUAACAUCUGUGAAAAGACUGGUAUGCGACGACCAACGAGUAACAAUAGUUCCGUUUAGGGGGGUGGAGAGUCUUGUUAGUAUAUUGUCUUGUUAGUAUGCUGUCCUACAUGAUGUCUUGUUAGUAUGCUGUCCUACAUGUUGUCUUGUUAGUAUGUUGUCUUGUUAGUAUUGUGUCCUAAUUUAUGUCUUGUUAGUAUUUUGUCCUACAUGUUGUCUUGUUAGUAUGCUGUCCUACAUGUUAUCUUGUUAGUAUAUUGUCUUGUUAGUAUGCUGUCCUACAUUUUGUCUUGUUAGUAUGCUGUCAUGCAUGUUGUCUUGUUAGUAUCUUGUCUUGUUAGUAUGGUGUCCUACAUGUUGUCUUGUUAGUAUGUUGUCCUACUUGAUGUCUUGUUAGUAUUCUGUCCUACAUGAUGUCUUGUUAGCAUGUUGUCCUAAAUUAUGUCUUGUUAGUAUUCUGUCCUACAUGUUGUAUUGUUAGUAUGUUGUCCUACAUGAUGUAUUGUUAGUAUGUUGUCUUACAUGAUGUCUUGUUAGUAUUCUGUCCUACAUGAUGUCUUGUUAGUAUUCUGUCCUACAUGAUGUAUUGUUAGUAUGUUGUCUUGUUAGUAUGUUGUCCUACAUGUUGUCUUGUUAGUAUGUUGUCUUGUUAGUAUAGUGUCCUACAUGAUGUCUUGUUGGUAUGUUGUCCUACAUGAUGUCUUGUUAGUAUGCUGUCCUACAUGUUGUCUUGUUAGUAUGCUGUCCUAAAUGUUGUCUUGUUAGUAUGUUGUCUUGUUAGUAUUGUGUCCUACAUGUUGUCUUGUUAGUAUGUUGUCAAGUUAGUAUGCUAUUACAUUUACAUUUUACAUUUUAGUCAUUUAGCAGACGCUCUUAUCCAGAGCGACUUACAUAUAUAUAUAUAUAUUUUUUUUUUAUACUGGCCCCCUGUGGGAAUCGAACCCACAACCCUGGCGUUGCAAACGCCAUGCUCUAUCAACUGAGCUACAUCCCUGCUGGCCAUUCCCUCCCCUACCCUGGACGACGCUGGGCCAAUUGUGCGCCGCCCAUGAGUCUCCCGGUCGCGGCCGGCUGCGACAGAGCCUGGAUUCGAACCAGGAUCUCUAGUGACACAGUUAGCACUGCGAUGCAGUGCCUUAGACCACUGCGCCACUCAGGAGACUAGUAUGCUUUCCUACAUUAUGUUUUCUUAGUAUGCUGUCCUACAUUAUGUAUUGUAAGUAUGCAGUCAUGUAUGUUGUCUUGUUAGUAUGUUGUCUUGUUAGUAUGGUGUCCUACAUGUUGUCUUGUUAGUAUGUUGUCCUACAUGAUGUCUUGUUAGUAUUCUGUCCUACAUGAUGUCUUGGUAGUAAGUUGUCCUACAUGAUGUCUUGUUAGUAUGCUGUCCUACAUGUUGUCUUGUUAGUAUGCUGUCCUACAUGUUGUCUUGUUAGUAUGUUGUCUUGUUAGUAUGCUGUCCUACAUUUUGUCUUGUUAGUAUGUUGUCAAGUUAGUAUGCUGUCCUACAUGUUGUCUUGUUAGUAUGCUUUCCUACAUGAUGUUUUCUUAGUAUGCUGUCCUACAUUAUGUAUUGUAAGUAUGCAGUCAUGUAUGUUGUCUUGUUAGUAUGUUGUCUUGUUAGUAUGGUGUCCUACAUGUUGUCUUGUUAGUAUGUUGUCCUACAUGAUGUCUUGUUAGUAUGUUGUCCUACAUGAUGUAUUGUUAGUAUGUUGUCCUAAAUGAUGUCUUGUUAGUAUUCUGUCCUACAUUAUGUAUUGUUAGUAUGUUGUCCUACAUGAUGUCUUGUUAGUAUGUUGUCUUACAUGAUGUCUUGUUAGUAUUCUGUCCUACAGGAUGUCUUGUUAGUAUUCUGUCCUACAUGAUGUCUUGUUAGUAUGUUGUCUUGUUAGUAUGCUGUCCUACAUGUUUUCUUGUUAGUAUGUUGUCUUGUUAGUAUGGUGUCCUACAUGUUGUCUUGUUGGUAUAUUGUCCUAUAUGAUGUCUUGUUAGUAUGCUGUCCUACAUGUUGCAUUGUUAGUAUGCUGUCCUACAUGUUGUCUUGUUAGUAUGUUGUCUUGUUAGUAUUGUGUCCUACAUGAUGUAUUGUUAGUAUGUUGUCUUGUUAGUAUGCCGUCCUACAUUUUGUCUUGUUAGUAUGUUGUUAAGUUAGUAUGCUGUCCUACAUGUUGUCUUGUUAGUAUGCUGUCCUACAUGAUGUUUUCUUAGUAUGCUGUCCUACAUGAUGUCUUGUUAGUAUGCUGUCAUGCAUAUUUUCUUGUUAGUAUGUUGUCUUGUUAGUAUGGUGUCCUACAUGUUGUCUUGUUAGUAUGUUGUCAUACAUGAUGUCUUGUUAGUAUUAUGUCCUACAUGAUGUCUUGUUAGUAUGUUGUCCUACAUGUUGUCUUGUUAGUAUGCUUUCCUACAUGAUGUUUUCUUAGUAUGCUGUCCUACAUUAUGUAUUGUAAGUAUGCAGUCAUGUAUGUUGUCUUGUUAGUAUGUUGUCUUGUUAGUAUGGUGUCCUACAUGUUGUCUUGUUAGUAUGUUGUCCUACAUGAUGUCUUGUUAGUAUGUUGUCCUACAUGAUGUAUUGUUAGUAUGUUGUCCUAAAUGAUGUCUUGUUAGUAUUCUGUCCUACAUUAUGUAUUGUUAGUAUGUUGUCCUACAUGAUGUCUUGUUAGUAUGUUGUCUUACAUGAUGUCUUGUUAGUAUUCUGUCCUACAGGAUGUCUUGUUAGUAUUCUGUCCUACAUGAUGUCUUGUUAGUAUGUUGUCUUGUUAGUAUGCUGUCCUACAUGUUUUCUUGUUAGUAUGUUGUCUUGUUAGUAUGGUGUCCUACAUGUUGUCUUGUUGGUAUAUUGUCCUAUAUGAUGUCUUGUUAGUAUGCUGUCCUACAUGUUGCAUUGUUAGUAUGCUGUCCUACAUGUUGUCUUGUUAGUAUGUUGUCUUGUUAGUAUUGUGUCCUACAUGAUGUAUUGUUAGUAUGUUGUCUUGUUAGUAUGCCGUCCUACAUUUUGUCUUGUUAGUAUGUUGUUAAGUUAGUAUGCUGUCCUACAUGUUGUCUUGUUAGUAUGCUGUCCUACAUGAUGUUUUCUUAGUAUGCUGUCCUACAUGAUGUCUUGUUAGUAUGCUGUCAUGCAUAUUUUCUUGUUAGUAUGUUGUCUUGUUAGUAUGGUGUCCUACAUGUUGUCUUGUUAGUAUGUUGUCAUACAUGAUGUCUUGUUAGUAUUAUGUCCUACAUGAUGUCUUGUUAGUAUGUUGUCCUACAUGUUGUCUUGUUAGUAUGUUGUCCUACAUGUUUUAUUGUUAGUAUGCUGUCCUACAUGUUGUCUUGUUAGUAUGUUGUCUUGUUAGUAUGCUGUCCUACAUUUUGUCUUGUUAGUAUGUUGUCAAGUUAGUAUGCUGUCCUACAUGUUGUCUUGUUAGUAUGCUGUCCUACAUUAUGUUUUCUUAAUAUGCUGUCCUACAUGAUGUCUUGUUAGUAUGCUAUCCUACAUGUUGUCUUGUUAGUAUAUUGUCUUGUUAGUAUGGUGUCCUACCUGUUGUCUUGUUAGUAUGUUGUCCUACAUUAUGUCUUGUUAGUAUUCUGUCCUACAUGAUGUCUUGUUAGUAUGCUGUCCUACAUGUUGUCUUGUUAGUAUGCUGUCCUACAUGUUGUCUUGUUAGUAUGUUGUCUUGAUAGUAUAGUGUCCUACAUGUUGUCUUGUUGGUAUGUUGUCCUACAAGUGUCUUGUUAGUAUUCUGUCCUACAUUAUGUAUUGUUAGAAUGGUGUCCUACAUGUUGUCUUGUUAGUAUGUUGUCCUAUGUGAUGUCUUGUUAGUAUUCUGUCCUACAUUAUGUAUUGUUAGAAUGGUGUCCUACAUGUUGUCUUGUUAGUAUGUUGUCCUACGUGAUGUCUUGUUAGUAUUCUGUCCUACAUGAUGUCUUGAUAGUAUGUUGUCCUAAAUGAUGUCUUGUUAGUAUUCUGUCCUACAUUAUGUAUUGUUAGUAUGUUGUGUUGUCCUACAUGAUGUCUUGUUAGUAUGUUGUCCUACAUGAUGUCUUGUUAGUAUGCUGUCCUACAUGUUGUCUUGUUAGUAUGCUGUCCUACAUGUUGUCUUGUUAGUAUGUUGUCUUGAUAUUAUGGUGUCCUACAUGUUGUCUUGUUGGUAUGUUGUCCUACAUGAUGUCUUGUUAGUAUGUUGUCCUACAUGAUGUCUUGUUAGUAUGUUGUCUUACAUGAUGUCUUGUUAGUAUUCUGUCCUACAGGAUGUCUUGUUAGUAUUCUGUCCUACAUGAUGUCUUGUUAGUAUGUUGUCUUGUUAGUAUGCUGUCCUACAUGUUUUCUUGUUAGUAUGUUGUCUUGUUAGUAUGGUGUCCUACAUGUUGUCUUGUUGGUAUAUUGUCCUAUAUGAUGUCUUGUUAGUAUGCUGUCCUACAUGUUGCAUUGUUAGUAUGCUGUCCUACAUGUUGUCUUGUUAGUAUGUUGUCUUGUUAGUAUUGUGUCCUACAUGAUGUCUUGUUAGUAUGUUGUCUUGUUAGUAUGCUGUCCUACAUUUUGUCUUGUUAGUAUGUUGUUAGGUUAGUAUGCUGUCCUACAUGUUGUCUUGUUAGUAUGCUGUCCUACAUGAUGUUUUCUUAGUAUGCUGUCCUACAUGAUGUCUUGUUAGUAUGCUGUCAUGCAUGUUUUCUUGUUAGUAUGUUGUCUUGUUAGUAUGGUGUCCUACAUGUUGUCUUGUUAGUAUGUUGUCAUACAUGAUGUCUUGUUAGUAUUAUGUCCUACAUGAUGUCUUGUUAGUAUGUUGUCCUACAUGUUGUCUUGUUAGUAUGUUGUCCUACAUGUUGUCUUGUUAGUAUGCUGUCCUACAUGUUGUCUUGUUAGUAUGUUGUCUUGUUAGUAUGCUGUCCUACAUUUUGUCUUGUUAGUAUGCUGUCAAGUUAGUAUGCUGUCCUACAUGUUGUCUUGUUAGUAUGCUGUCCUACAUUAUGUUUUCUUAGUAUGCUGUCCUACAUGUUGUCUUGUUAGUGUGCUGUCCUACAUGUUGUCUUGUUAGUAUGUUGUCUUGUUAGUAUGGUGUCCUACCUGUUGUCUUGUUAGUAUGUUGUCCUACAUAAUGUCUUGUUAGUAUUCUGUCCUACAUGAUGUCUUGUUAGUAUGCUGUCCUACAUGUUGUCUUGUUAGUAUGCUGUCCUACAUGUUGUCUUGUUAGUAUGUUGUCUUGAUAGUAUGGUGUCCUACAUGUUGUCUUGUUGGUAUGUUGUCCUACAUGAUGUCUUGUUAGUAUGUUGUCCUACAUGAUGUCUUGUUAGUAUGUUGUCUUACAUGAUGUGUUGUUAGUAUUCUGUCCUACAUGAUGUCUUGUUAGUAUUCUGUCCUACAUGAUGUCUUGUUAGUAUGUUGUCUUGUUAGUAUGCUGUCCUACAUGUUGUCUUGUUAGUAUGUUGUCUUGUUAGUAUGGUGUGUUCUAUCCUCAGACUCUUCCGCCCACCACCAUGGCACUUAGUAUAUACUGCACCUCAGUCACCAUCUUCUUCAUCACCAUAAAGAUUGUCAACUAUCGCCUCCAUGUGAUGUUUGAUAAAGGCGACGUUGUGCCCCCAAGCAGUCUCUCUGAUGUCAUCCAAGGUGCAGAGAAUAAUAGCAACGUCUCAGAUUCAUGUCUUCCAGCUACAUUAAGGUGAGCAUGUUUAUAAAAACAAAAUGUAUAACCAAUAUAUUCCAAAGGAUAUAUAGCUUUGAAGUAGUGCUUUUGUCUUGAAAAACAUGAAGUCAUCCUAUGUUAAAGGAACUACCACAGAUGACCACAUACUCUACAUCUUUCCAAAUAGGAAAAGCAGCACGGUUCCUGACAGUGUUGCCAUGACAAUGUUGACCAGAAACAGGCAGAGUCCAGUCAUCCAGGUUACAGUGAAACAGAUAGAGACGGACCCUGGGUUGAUUGGAGUGGUUAGUGUACCAUUUAAACUACUCUUUAGCUUCAUUCUAAUACUAUAUUAUACUGAACAAAAAUAUAAAUGCAACAUGUAAAGUCUUGGUCCCAUGUUUCAUGAGCUGAAAUAAAAUAUCCCAGAAAUGUUCCAUACGCACAAAAAGCUAAUUUCUGUCAAAUUUUGUGCACAAAUUUGUUUAUAUCCCUAUGAGUGAGCAUAACUCCUUUGCCAAGAUAAUUCAUCCACCUGACAGGUGUGGCAUAUCAAGAAGCUGAUUAAACGGCAUGAUCAUUACACAGGUGCACCUUGUGCUGGGGACAAUAAAAUGCCCAUUACACAGGUGCACCUUGUGCUGGGGACAAUUAAAGGCCACUCUAAAAUGUGCAGUUUUGUCACACAACACAAUGCCACAGAUGUCUCAAGUUUUGAAGGAGCGUGCAAUUGGCAUGCUCACUGCCGGAAUGUCCACCAGAGCUGUUGCCAGAGAAUUGAAUGUUCAUUUCUCUACCAUAAGCCACCUCCAACGUUGUUUUAGAGAAUUUGGCAGUACGUCCAACCGGCCUCACAACCGCAGACCACAUGUAACCACACCAGCCCAGGACCUCCACAUCCGGCUUCUUUCUCAUUCUGAUUGGCUGGGCCUGGCUCCCCAGUGGGUGGCCCUGGCUCCCAAGUGGGUGGCCCACCCAUGGCUGCGUCCCCUGCCCAGUCAUGUGAAAUCCAGUGAUUAGGGCCUAAUGAAUGUACUUCAAUUGACUGAUUUCGUUAUAUGAACUGUAACUCAGUAAAAUCGUUGAAAUUGUUGCAUGUUGUGUUUAUAUUAGUAUAUUAUGGAUUAUAAACUGGUGGUUCAAGCCCUGAAUGCUGAUUGGCUGACAGCCGUGCUAUAUCAGACCGUAUACCACAGGCAUGACAAAACAUAUAUUUUUACUGCUCUAAUUACGUUGGUAACCAGUUUAUAAUAGCAAUAAGGCACCUUGGGGGUUUGUGGUGUAUUGCCAAUAUAUCACGGUAAGGGCUGUGUCCAGGCACUCCGCGAUGCGUCGUGCCUAUGAACAGCCGUGGUAUAUUGGCCAUAUACCACACCCCCUUGUGCCUUAUUGCUUAAAUAUACAUUUUUUAGUUUAAUGAGCACCAUUUUCCCCAUUUUUCUUUCCACCAUCAUCUCUUGCCCUUACAGGAGUUCCCAAAAGCAGAAGACUUAAAGAAUACUGAAGGUACUGUACUCUCAUAUGUUUUAUAAACUGAUCUAAUUUCCCCCUAUAGCAGGAAAUGGGUUUUCUAUUCUCAAAUCUCACUGUGAGAAUGAAAUGUUCUUCCUGGAAUGCAUUGUAUGGAUGUAGUGAUAGAUUGAUUAGCACUCAUUAUGCUAGCCUAGCACAUUAUUGCUUCAAAUACGCUCAGAUAAGCAUGCCAUCAGCUUCCAGUAAAUGUUGGUUUUGCAAAGUGUUGCUGAGAAGAUCAAUAUCCUUUAUUGUUAGUUAAGAGCAGAAAUUGUAAUGACUGAGACGUAAUUUUUUUGUAUUUAUGAGUCAUUCUAAAUUCCUGUCAAUAUGCUCUUUGUAACAGUAGUAUAUCUGUUGCAGCCCAUAGUGACAGUAUCCCUGAGGAGAAACAACCCACAGAGAGCCUGCAGCCUGAGGAGGAGCUCUCCCCAGAGGACCUGUCUAGCCCCAACCCUGACCAGGCUGCCCCUCUCCUGCUGGGGGAGCAGAAGCAUGUGGCUGAUAGGGAGACUGCUGAUGAGGGACUGCCCUCCUCCAAGGGGAGUGAUGAAGAGAGAAGAAAGCAAACAGAGCAGGAAAAACAGCCCCAACAGGACCCCAACAACAGCUCUCUAGACCAGCCAGAGGAGACAUACUGCUCGGACGAGAUCGCUGUUGUCUUGGUGGACAACUCUGACCCAUCAGCCCGCCUGGACGAGAACGACACGGUCAAGAUCAUCAUCACCAUGAGCUGUGAUGCCCAGACGGCUGCGGAGCUGGAGGAGUUGGUCAAACAGAGCAUCCUGGAGUCUGCCCAGGCACAGAUAGGCUGCUGGCGACUGCCUCAUCAAAAUUCCUGUUAUCACCUUUGACUCGCCUGAGGAUGAUGAAUGGAGUGGUGCAGAGAAUGAAAGGGAACCCUUAUCUGAGGCUGACCCUGCUCAGCUGCAGACUCCAAGCCCAGACGGCCAGAUCACCAAAGAGUUGAUGAGAUCUGACUCUGCCGUUCUGGACUGCCGGGACUACAACGAGGCAGACCUGGAACACCCCAGCCCCCUGUUGACCACAGCCGACAACAGGUCCUCUGGCAUCGACGUCCACUCCCACCCUGACGAGAACGACCCUCCUGACCUCAAUGUGGAUGCAGAUGGCUUCCUGCGAAUCCCGUCUACGUUCAGGAACUACGGCCCAGGGGGCAGGACACACGUGCGAGGCUUGAGCAUGGACAGUGGGAAGGAUGCAGUCCUCAUUGCGGACAGAUCACAGAACAGACAGACUACCAUGACUUCGUCCAAGUCAGACCUGGAGGCCAAGGAGGGCCAGAUCCCCAACGAGUCCAACUUUGUGGAGUUUGUGUCACUGCUGGAGUCCAUUAACAGCACCAUGGGAGCCAGUGGAAACCCACCAGAGGAGGUGACAGAAGAGGGAGCCAGAGCCAUGAAGGAAGGUUAGUCUAGCCAUAUGCAUGGUUCCCUGUCUUCCCUGAAAUGUAUCUUCACGGGGGGGUCUUCAUAUACAGUGCCUUCGGAAAGUAUUCAGACCCCUUGACUUUUUCCACAUUUUGUUUUUUCCCCCUCAUCAAUCUACACACAAUACCCCAUAAUGACAAAGAAAAAACAGGUUUUUCAAUUUUUUUUCAAAAUGGAAAUAUGACAUUUACACAAGUAUUCAGACCCUUUACUCAGUACUUUGUUGAAGCACCUUUGGCAGCUAUUACAGCCUUGAGUCUUCUUGGUAUGACGCUACAAGCUUGGCAAACCUGUAUUUGGGGAGCUUCUCCUAUUCUUCUCUGCAGAUCCUCUCAAGCUCUGUCAGGUUGGAUGGGGAGCGUCGCUGCACAGCUAUUUUCAGGUCUCUCCAGAAAUGUUCGAUCAGGUUCAAGUCCAGGCUCUGGCUGGGCCACUCAAGGACAUUCAGAGACUUGUCCCGAAGCCACUCCUGCGUUGUCUUGGCUGUGUGCUUAGGGUCGUUGUCCUGUUGGAAGGUGAACCUUCGCCCCAGUCUAAGGUCCUAAGCGCUCUGGAGCAGGUUUUCAUCAAGGAUCUCUCUGUACUUUGCUCCGUUCAUCUUUCCCUCGAUCCUGACUAGUCUCCCAGUUCCUGCCGCUAAAAAACAUCCCCACAGCAUGAUACUGCCACCACCAUGCUUCACCGUAGGGAUGGUAUUGGUCAGGUGAUGAGCGGUGCCUGGUUUCCUUCAGACGUGACACUUGGCAUUCAGGCCAAAGAGUUCAAUCUUGGUUUAAUCAGACCAGAGAAUCUUGUUUCUCAUGGUCUGAAAGUCUUUAGAUGCCUUUUGGCAAACUCCAAGCGGGCUGUCAUGUGCCUUUUACUGAUGAGUGGCUUCCGUCUGGCCACUCUACUAUAAAGGCCUGCUUGGUGGAGUGCUGCAGAGAUGGUUGUCCUUCUGGGAGGUUCUCCCAUCUCCACAAAGGAACUAUGGAGCUCUGUCAGAGUGACCAUCGGGUUCUUGGUCACCUCCCUGACCAAGGCCCUUCUCCCCCGAUUGCUCAGUUUGGCCGGGCGGCCAGCUCUAGGAAGAGUCUUGGUGGUUCCAAACUUUUUCCAUUUAAGAAUGAUGGAGGCCACUGUGUUCUUGGGGACCUUCAAUGCUGCAGACAUUUUUUGGUACCCUUCCCCAGAUCUGUGCCUCGACACAAUCCUGUCUUGAGCUCUAUGGACAAUUCCUUCAUCCUCAUGGCUUGGUUUUUGCUCUGACAUGCAUUGUCAACUGUGGGACCUUAUAUAGACUGGUGUGUGCCUUUCUAAAUUGUGUCCAAUUAAUCAAAUAUUCCACAGGUGGACUCCAAUCAAGUUGUAGAAACAUCUCAAGGAUGAUCAAUGGAAACAGGAUGCACCUGAGCCCAAUUUCGAGUAUCAUAGCAAAGGGUCUGAAUACUUAUGUAAAUAAGGUAUUUCUGUUUUUAUUUGUAAUACAUUUACAAACAUUUCUAAAAAUCUGUUUUCGCUUUGUCAUUAUGGGGUAUUGUGUGUAGAUUGAUGAGGAAACAUUUUUUUAUUUAAUCAAUUUUAGAAUAAGGCUGUAAUGUAACAAAAUGUGGAAAAAAUGGAGGGGUCUGAAUACUUUCCGAAUGCACUGUAAAUGUAGACAUAUAAGAGGGUGGCAUAUAAGAGGGUAGCGGUUAAGAGCGUUGGGCCAGUAACUGAAAGGUCGCUGGCUCAAAUCCCUAAGCCGACCAGGUGAAAAAUCUGCCGAUGUGCCCUUGAGCAAGGCACUUAACCCUAAUUGCUCCUGUAAGUCGCUCUGGAUAAGAGUGUCUGCUAAAAUGUAAAUGUAAAUAUGAUUUUAGGAGAGAACCUAUUGUCUCUGUUGUGCAAAAUAAUAAUAAUUUGCUGGUCAAAUUGAAAAGGGAUGUUGUUUUUUCAGAGGACGUCACUGACGCUAACACAGAGACAGAGAGCCAGCAGGAGCGUCCAAUCCCUCUCAAUAUUCUGGCCACAACAGACACCCUCCACAUGACCCCCGAAACACGGAUCCCCAUUGUGUCUCCAGACAGGUAAACCUUUUCAAAUGUCUCUUAGAUGUAAAAGGUCAUCAUCACAAUUGACUUUCUUUUGUUCUUUAAUCUGAUCUUUAUUGGAAAUGAAUAAAUGUUUUGAUCGUUGUACAGUUUGUCCUCUACUCUCAGUCCCCAGACAGACCAGGAUAAAGAGCCAGACUACGACUCCCUGCCCUCCCAAACAUCUCAGUCAGAGAGCUCCAUGCUCCAGGUCAUAUGCAGACCAGAGGCCACUAACAAGGAGGACGCCUAUAAGUUCCAUACAGUCCACAGUAAGUGCAAAAUAUUGGGGUAAAUUCACUGAAGACUACAAACUCGUUACAAACCUUGGAUAAUGUGGUAGUGAAUUGUUUGUUAUUGCCCAGCUAUUUUAUAACAUAGUGUAUAUGACUUACGUCACAUCAGGUAGGUGUUUUAAACAUGAGGUUCUGUCUGUUCUCUAUUCCAGGAGACAGACCUCGUAAACUGUAUGCUGAGAGAGCACUAAACCUUCCCCUGGGAGCUGAACUUAUCACAGGCAACAUGUGGUGCUAAGGCUAAGUUAUUUGAUAUGUAAUAUUUGUAUAACAUUCUUGUUGUGUUCUAACCAUAUUUGACAUUUUAGUAUUUUAAAACUUAAUGUGCUUCUCCAUGUCAUCCUUGUCGUGUACCCAGUGAUCUCCUGUCCACUUCCUCGGAGUGCCAGGACGGGCUGGCGGGCCCACACACAGACUGCCCCUUCCAGCGCCGCAGGCUCCGGCCUCGGAGAACGCACCCCGAAAUCUUCCAGGUGACUACACCCCUUUCUCUCCCUCCCUUCUCCCUCUCCACCCAUUCCUCCUCCCCUUCCCCCACACAACAUCUUCCAAGUGACGUUACCCCCCCCCCUUCUACAUUGUAGAAUACUAGUGAAGACAUCAAAACUAUGAAAUAACACAUAUGGAAUCAUGUAGUAACCAAAGAAGUGUUAAACAAAUCAAAAUAUAUUUUAUAUUUGAGAUUCUUCAAAUAGCCACCCUUUGCCUUGAUGACAGCUUUGCACACUCUUGGCAUUCUCUCAACCAGCUUCAUGAGGUAGUCGCCUGGAAUGCAUUUCAAUUAACAGGUGUGGCUUCUUAAAUGUUAAUUUGUGGAAUUUAUUUUCUUCAUAAUGCGUUUGAGCCAAUCAGUUGUGUUGUGACAAGGUAGGGGUGAUAUACAGAAGAUAGCCCUAUUUGCUAAAAGACCAAGUCCAUAUUAUGGCAAGAACAGCUCAAAUAAGCAAAGAGAAAUGACAGUCCAUCAUUACUUUAAGACAUGAAGGUCAGUCAAUCGGGAAAAUGUCAAGAACUUUGAAGGUUUCUUCAAGUGCAGUCGCAAAAACCAUCAAGCGCUAUGAUGAAACUGGCUCUCAUGAGGACCAUCACAGGAAUGGAAGACCCAGAGUUACCUCUGCUGCAGAGGAUAAGUUCAUUAGAGUUACCAGCCUCAGAAAUUGCAGCCCAAAUAAAUGCUUCACAGAGUUCAAGUAACAGGCAUAUCUCAACAUCAACUGUUCAGAGGAGACUGUGUGAAUCAGGACUUCAUGGUUGAAUUGCUGCAAAGAAUCCACUACUAAAGGACACCAAUAAGAAGAAGAGACUUGCUUGAGCAAUGGACAUUAGACCAGUAGAAAUGUGUCCUUUGGUCUGGAGUCCAAAUUUGUGAGACGCGGUGUGGGUGAACGGAUGAUCUCUGCAUGUGUAUUUCCCACCGUAAAGCAUGGAGGAGGAAGUGUUAUGGUGUGGGGGUGCUUUGCUGGUGACACUGUCUGUGAUUUAUUUAGAAUUCAAGGCACACUUAAUCAGCAUGGCUACCACAGCAUUCUGCAGCGAUACGCCAUCCCAUCUGGUUUGGGCUUAUCAUUUGUUUUUCAACAGGACAAUGACCCAACACACCUCCAGGCUGUGUAAGGGCUAUUUUACCAAGAAGGAUAGUGAUGGAGUGCUGCAUCAGAUGACCUGGCAUCUACAAUUGUCACACCCUGGCUCUGGGACUCAUUAUGUUGAGCCAGGGUGUGUUCAUUCUAUGUGUUUAUUUCUAUGUUGGUAGUUCUGUUGUGUCUAUUUCUAGGUUGUUGUAUUUCUUUGUUUGAGUGACUCCCAAUCAGAGGUAACGAGUGUCAGCUGUUGGCUCGUUGGCUCUGAUUGGGAGCCAUAUUUAAACUGUCUGUGUUCACCUUGUGUUUGUGGGUUUUUGUUCCGUGUUCGGUUAGUGUAACCGUUUUGGACUUCACGAGUCGUGUUUGGUAUACUUUAACGAAUUAAAGUCAUGUUUGUUUCACAUGCUGCGCCUUGGUCUACUCACUCCUACGACGAUCGUGACAGAAAAACCCACCAUCAAAGGACCAAGCAGCGUGUCCAGGAACAGGCAACCUGGACGUGGGAGCAGCGUCGGAGGGUCGAGAGGCAACCCCAAUAAAUUUUUAAAGGGGGGCACACGGCAUGGACGACGGAGGCAAAGAUGGGGCGAAUCCAGGAGGCCACCAGGCCAGGGGUACACCGCCCUGUACGUCCUGUGCGGAUGCCUCACACAGAGUGUGUGAGGGUAGGCAUUCAGCCAGGACGGGUGGUGGCCGCUGUUCACUCCAGGCCUCCUAUCCGUCUCCACAGCCCGACCCGGCCUGUUCCUGCCACUCGCACCAAACCUACGGUGCGCGUCGCCAGCCCGGUCCGGCCUGUUCCUGCCACCCGCACCAAGUCUACGGUGCGCGUCGCCAGCCCGACCCGGCCUGUUCCUGCCACUCGCACCAAACCUACGGUGCGCGUCGCCAGCCCGGUCCGGCCUGUUCCUGCCACCCGCACCAAGUCUACGGUGCGCGUCGCCAGCCCGACCCGGCCUGUUCCUGCCACUCGCACCAAACCUACGGUGCGCGUCGCCAGCCCGACCCGGCCUGUUCCUGCCACUCGCACCAAACCUACGGUGCGCGUCGCCAGCCCGGUCCGGCCUGUUCCUGCCACUCGCACCAAACCUACGGUGCGCGUCGCCAGCCCGACCCGGCCUGUUCCUGCCACUCGCACCAAACCUACGGUGCGCGUCGCCAGCCCGGUCCGGCCUGUUCCUGCCACUCGCACUAAGCCAGGGGUGCGAGAAGUCAGCCUGGUAAGGCCCGUUCCUCCUCCACGCACAAAGCCAGGGGUGCGAGUCGUCAGCCUGGUAAGGCCCGUUCCUCCUCCACGCACCAAGCCUACGGGGUGCGUCGUCAGCCCUGUCCGGCUCGUUCCUGCUCUCCGCACCAAGUCUGUGGUGCGCGUCGCCAGCCCAUUCCGGUCCAUUCCUGUUCCACGCACCAAGCCAGGGGCGCGUGUCGUCAGUCCGGCUCCGGCCAGCGGGGCUAGACAGGACCAGGGGUACUUUGGGGGGUGUAUCGGAGGGUGGUGGUCAAGGCCGGAGCCAGAACCGCCGCCGAGGAGGUAUGCCCGCCCAGCCCUCCCCUGUUUUGUUUAGUUGAGGCGCGGUCGCAGUCCGCGCCUUUAGGGGGGGGUACUGUCACACCCUGGCUCUGGGACUCAUUAUGUUGAGCCAGGGUGUGUUCAUUCUAUGUGUUUAUUUCUAUGUUGGUAGUUCUGUUGUGUCUAUUUCUAGGUUGUUGUAUUUCUUUGUUUGAGUGACUCCCAAUCAGAGGUAACGAGUGUCAGCUGUUGGCUCGUUGGCUCUGAUUGGGAGCCAUAUUUAAACUGUCUGUGUUCACCUUGUGUUUGUGGGUUUUUGUUCCGUGUUCGGUUAGUGUAACCGUUUUGGACUUCACGAGUCGUGUUUGGUAUACUUUAACGAAUUAAAGUCAUGUUUGUUUCACACGCUGCGCCUUGGUCUACUCACUCCUACGACGAUCGUGACAACAAUCCCCCGACCUCAACCCAAUUGAGAUGGUUUGGGAUGAGUUGGACCGCAGAGUGAAGGAAAAGCAGCCAACAAGUGCUAAGCAUAUGUGGGAACUCCUUCAAGACUGUUGGAAAAGCAUUCCAGGUGAAGCUGGUUGAGAGAAUGCCAAGAGUGUGUAAAGCUGUCAUCAAGGCAAAGGGUGGCUAUUUGAAGAAUCUCAAAUAUAAAAUAUAUUUUGAUUUGUUUAACACUUUUUUGGUUACUACAUGAUUCCAUAUGUGUUAUUUCAUAGUUUUGAUGUCUUCGCUAUUAUUCUACAAUGUAAAAAAUAGUAAAAAUAAAGAACAACCCUUGAAUGAGUAGGUGUGUCCAAACCUUUGACUGGUAGUGUAUAUCUCUCUAUUAUGUGUGGGAAUACUUUGUAACAGAUUUCCAAAAUUCAAAUCACGUGGAGCUGAUUUGCUGGUGUUUUUACAUUGUUUUAUGUCCAACAAUAAAAAAAUAUAUAAUACAAAAAAAGAAAUAGUUUUGCUCCGAAAAUGAUUGGGGACAAAGUCGGCAGCUAAGGUGUAUGGUUCACAGCACACACACACACAGACACACACAGACACAGACACACACACACACACACACACACACACACACACAGCACACAGCACACAGCACACACACACACACACACACACACACACACACACACCAGGUUUGAGUUAUCGGAUGGCCGUUAAGGGAUAUAAUGACAGCUGCACAUGGCUGGGAGUUGACUGAUGGACAGGAAAUACACUGGGUGAAUUACACUGAUGAUUAUUACUGUCCUCUGUAGCUCAGCUGGUAGAGCACGGCGCUUGUAACGCCAAGGUAGUGGGUUCAAUCCCCGGGACCACCCAUACACAAAAAAUGUAUGCACGCAUGACUGUAAGUCGCUUUGGAUAAAAGCGUCUGCUAAAUGGCUUAUUAUUAAAUGUUGUAACUGUAUGAGAACAGAUCUAAACAUUAUCUGUGUCUUGACAGUGUGUAGUAAGUUGUCAUAAGCUGAAACCAACAGUCAUGACUGUUUCAUCCAUUAUGUCAAUAUUAUGUAACCCUUAUGACUAAAGAAAUUAAAGUGUUAUUGAGAUUGCUUUUACACUGCAACCUGAAUUCCACUUCUGACAGGAGGAGGACUCGAUUGAUGAGUCGUCAGAGACCUCCACACAGGAAAAGCCUUCUCGUAAGCUGAACUACAAGCUUAAGCUUUUUCCUGGGAAGUGGGUAAACAUCUUGUAUGACCGGCUGACCUUGUUGGCGCUGUUGGACAGGUAAGAGAAAAGGCUCCUAUCUUUCCUUUUCCUUUUCCAUCUCUCAGCGAUUUAUCAACUAGUUGAUGGAUACUUUACUUUGACCUUUGCCCUCUGCCCUUAGGAACCAGGAUGUGGUGGAGAACAUAGUGGCUGUGUUCCUGGCCUUCCUGGUGGCCUUCCUGGGGUUUAUCCUGCUCAACCACGGCUGCUUCAAAGACAUCUGGGUUUUCCAGUUCUGCGUGGUCAUCGCUAGCUGCCAGUUCUCGUUGUUAAAGGUAAGGAAGGUAUCUAUUUUUGUAACAAGGGAUAAGGCCUAAUCAAUUGUAAUCAUUGCUUAUCUGUGUUGACAGAAUUCAGAUCAGUGAUAGGUUGUGAUAAUAACGUGUCAUUUUCACUGCCCCACCACAUACUCCACUGUAACAAUGAAAAUUAAACUUUAGCUAAGUACUUCUUAUCUGACACAUUACUGAUGGAAACAUUUCUCUGUCAGUCAUUGACUGUAUAUCAGUUAAUCACGUUAAUAAAGCUUUGAACAAAUUGUUUGUAUUACAGAGUGUGCAACCUGAUGCAGCCUCGCUAACACAUGUGAGUCUAAAUGGAACAUAUUCUAAAAGUGUGAAGAUACAUUUUCUCUGGUUGUUUAUUAUCUACGUUUUUUUCCAAGUAGACGGUUCGAGGUUUCUCUGUUUCAUUUCUCUCCCCUCUUGAUGUUUUCCAGGGACACAAUCAGAUUGUUGCCUAUAGCCGGGCAACUUAUUUCUGCAUUUUCUGUGGCCUUAUUUGGAUUCUGGAACAGAUGUUAAGAAGGAAGGACCUGCCUGUGUCCACUGUAUAUGGCAUCCCCAUAGUAUUAGCAGAUGCUCUCAAAUUCCUGAGAGACAUUUUAGUGGGUAAGUCACAUACAGUAAAUCAUUUCUAUGACCAUUUCUAGCCAUCUCAAGGAAAUGAAUUUAAAUGAGGUGUUUUAUUUUUUCAUUAGAAAAAGCUUAGUUCUAAAGUCCUGUCUGUUUCAUAUUCCACAGGCCUCACCUUCUGCUUUCCUAUCACAUUUCUCGUUGGCCUGUUCCCACAAAUCAACACCUUUAUGAUUUACCUGCUAGAACAAAUAGACAUUCAUUUAUUUGGUGGAACAGGUGAGUAUCUUCUCUGUUUACUUUGAUCUUCAUAAUAUCAUGAACUCAAUGCAUACUGUACCACCUGUCACACCCUGGCUCUGGGACUCAUUAUGUUGAGCCAGGGUGUGUUCAUUCUAUGUGUUUAUUUCUAUGUUGGUAGUUCUGUUGUGUCUAUUUCUAGGUUGUUGUAUUUCUUUGUUUGAGUGACUCCCAAUCAGAGGUAACGAGUGUCAGCUGUUGGCUCGUUGUCUCUGAUUGGGAGCCAUAUUUAAACUGUCUGUGUUCACCUUGUGUUUGUGGGUUUUUGUUCCGUGACGGUAUGUUUAACCGUGGACUUCACGAAUCGUGUUUUGUUUAUAUUUAGGAACUUUAAUUAAAUAAAGUCAUGUUUAUUUCACACGCUGCGCCUUGGUCUACUUCGCUACUCGACGAUCGUGACAGAAAAACCCACCAUACCAGGACCAAGCAGCGUGUCCAGGAGCCAAGGGUCUGGACAUGGGAGGAGAUUGUGGACGGUAAAGGGUCUUGGACUUGGGAGGAGAUCCUGGAUGGGAUGGAUCGCCGGCCAUGGAGUAAAACAGUGGAGAGGCGACUGAGAGAGGAGCAACGGCGUCAGCAGGGCCAUCGUCGGAAGGACGAGAGGCAACCCCAAAAAGUUUUUUGGGGGGGGGCACAUGGCUUGGGCGGCUGGGCAGCAGGAGGCUGCCACAGGGAGACGUGGAGAGAAGGCUACCGGAUUACGGGAGCCAUUGGCGAGUAGAGGGAGGGAAGUAGUUGAGGCACGGCGUGAGAGACUGAGGUGUGUUGCCAGUCCGGUCCGGCCCGUUCCUGAUCCCCGGUUAAGGCCAGUGGUGUGUGUUCCCAGUAUGGACCGGCCUGUUCCUACUCCACGUACAAAGCCUACGGUGUGCGUCGCCAGCCCAGCCCGGCCUGUUCCUGCUCCACGCACAAAGCCUACGGUGUGCGUCGCCAGCCCUGCCCGGCCGGUUCCUGCUCCUCGCACCAAACAUACGGUGCGCAUCGCCAGCCCGGUCCGGCCUGUUCCUGCCACCCGCACUAAGUUUACGGUGCGCGUCGCCAGCCCGACCCGGCCUGUUCCUGCCACUCGCACCAAACAUACGGUGCGCGUCGCCAGCCCGGUCCGGCCCGUUCCUGCUACUCGCACCAAGCCAAGGGUGCGAGUCGUCAGUCUGGUCCGGCCUGUUCCUGCUCCACGCACAAAACCUACGGUGUGCGUCGCCAGCCCAGCCCGGCCUGUUCCUGCUCAACGCACAAAGCCUACGGUGUGCGUCGACAGCCCUGUCCGGCCCAGUCCUGCUCCCCGCACCAAGUCUACGGUGUGCGUCGACAGCCCUGCCCGACCUGUUCCUGCUCCACGCACCAAGUCUACGGUGUGCGUCGACAGCCCAGUCCGGCCCAUUCCUGCUCCCCGCACCAAGUUGGUGGUGCGUUUCGUCAGCCCUGUCCGGCCCAAUCCUGCUCCCCGCACCAAGUCUGUGGUGCGUUUCGUCAGCCCUGUCCGGCCCGUUCCUGCUCCCCGCACCAAGUCUGUGGUGCGUGUCGUCAGCCCUGUCCGGCCCGUUCCUGCUCCCCGCACCAAGUCUGUGGUGCGUUUCGUCAGCCCUGUCCGGUCCGGUCCCGCUCUCCGCACCAAGUCAGGAGUGGGCUUCAUCAGCCCGGUCCGGCCCAUUCCUGCUCCCCGCGCCAAGGCAGUGGUGCGCGUCGUCAGCCUGGUAAGGCCCGUUCGUCCUCCACGCACCAAGCCAGGGGCGCGUGUCGUCAGUCUGGCUCCGGCCGGCGGGGCUAGACAGGACCAGGGGUACGUUGGGGGGUUGGAGAGGAGGUGGGGAUCAAGGCCGGAGCCAGAACCGCCGCCGAGGAGGUAUGCCCGCCCAGCCCUCCCCUGUUUUGUUUAGUUGAGGCGCAGGCGCGGUCGCAGUCUGCGCCUUUAGGGGGGGGUACUGUCACACCCUGGCUCUGGGACUCAUUAUGUUGAGCCAGGGUGUGUUCAUUCUAUGUGUUUAUUUCUAUGUUGGUAGUUCUGUUGUGUCUAUUUCUAGGUUGUUGUAUUUCUUUGUUUGAGUGACUCCCAAUCAGAGGUAACGAGUGUCAGCUGUUGGCUCGUUGUCUCUGAUUGGGAGCCAUAUUUAAACUGUCUGUGUUCACCUUGUGUUUGUGGGUUUUUGUUCCGUGACGGUAUGUUUAACCGUGGACUUCACGAAUCGUGUUUUGUUUAUAUUUAGGAACUUUAAUUAAAUAAAGUCAUGUUUAUUUCACACGCUGCGCCUUGGUCUACUUCGCUACUCGACGAUCGUGACACCACCAAAGUCUUACGCCUCAACCUGAUGCCUGUGUGUCCACUUCCUGUGUCAGCUGCAUCUGGACUCCACUCAGCAGUAUACAGCAUAUUCCGUAGUCUGACGGCAUUAUCUUUGCUGUACGGGUUCUGUUUUGGAGCUCUGAAGGUAGGAUUGAAUUAAUUGUUGAGUAAAGAUGUGUGUAUAUGAUUACGUGAAGGAUAUGCUUUGCACUGCGACAGAACAGUUUGUUGCUGCAGAGGCAGCUUAGUCAAGCAUGAGAAAUCAAAUAGCUUUUUAGGUAGCAGCUCUCUCUUCCUCCAGGCUAAUGAAAGCACUGUUCUGCUUGGGUGAUUAUUUAGUAUUCCAAUCUGCUGGUAAGAGGGGUUUAAGUCAAACGUUACAAAUAGCCUUAAGAAGGCUCUCUGAUGGAAAAAGGUAUGCCACUAUGCCUGCAGCAAUGCAACGUGUCCAUAUUCAUCCUUACAAAUAUUAGGCCUGAAUGAGGCAACCAUUUGCAGUUCUCUGUUUUUAUAGAGGAGGGUUGGCCUUCAACAUUUUAAAAUAGAUGUUCUGUUUAGGUGCCAUUAUCAAUAUUUCUAUUUGAUUAUAUUCUAUUCUGAAGGAGCCCUGGGAUGAACAGCACACCCCAGCCUUGUUCUCUGGGUUCUGUGGCUUGCUGGUGGUUCUCUCCUACCAUUUGAGUGGGCAGAACAGUGACCCGACUGUACUGAUGUAAGCCGCCUGCUCCUCCUAUUGUUAUGCCUGCUAACAUGCUGACUCUAUGAGAGGUGUUAGUGCAAAGACAUUCUCCUUGUUGUCCAUGACAGGUCUCUGAUCAAGUCCAAACUGAUGCCCACUCUUGUGGAAAGUGAGGAAGAGGAUGAAGACUCAGAAGACAUCAAGGACCCUCUUCCUGAGAAGCUCAUGAAUUCAGUGGUAAGUCAAGAGACUUGCAUUGUCUCCUCUACUUCUAAAUGGAUUUGUUCCACUCAAACGCUGUCUCCUGUUUUAGUUUGACUUUAACACAUUAUUACAUUCCGUUGUGAUAUUGGAUGAUUUGCUUUUGGCAGAAGGAGAUUCUUCUUUCAGAUCUUGUGGUCUGCUCCAUUGCCUACAUUUUAACCUUUGCUAUUACUUCAAGCACUGUCUUCCUGUCCCUAAAGGUGGGUUUCCUACCACCAAACACCAUCCCUAAACUAUGUGUCAUAAAUGUUGUUUGUGUCAUAAAACAAUGUUGUUUCAUCGGGAAAUAAUUACUGUGGUGUCGUAAAUUAAACGUUUUUGCAUCGGUUUGGUAUUCAGUCAACCACCCAGGCACUCCCUCUCUCCCCCUUUCUUUUUCACUUUCUCUCCUCCUUUCUCUCUCGUCCCGUUCUCUCCCUAUCAUGGGCUUUUUCUCGGGAUCACUUUGGCGCGCUCCCAUUCUCUCCCCCUUUCGGCUCAUCUCCUCCGAGAGAACACGGGGAGCCCCAGGGCUCACUUGAGGAAGGGAAGAAGCUCCUUUCUCUCCCUCUUUUCUCGUCCUCUCCUUUCUCUCCUCUCUCUUCUCUCUCUCUCCUUCUCUCCCUCUUCUCUCCCCCCUUUUACUCUCUCUCCCCCUUUCCUAUCCCCCCUCGUAUGUCGCCUUUCUUCUUCGGUCCUUCUCUCUCUCUCCUUCUACCCCUUUUGCUCUCUACCCUUUCUAUCGACCCCUUUCUCUAUCUCACUUUCUCUCCUCCUUCUCUUCUGUACUCUCUCCUCCCUUGUCCUCUCCUCCUUUCUUCCCCUUCCCUUGUCUCCCUCUUUCUUCCCCCUCUUCUCCCCACCAUCCUCGUCUUUCUCUUCCCACUUCUUCUGCUCUCCCUUUCUCUCAUCCUUUCUCUCCCCCUUUUUCUCUUCCCUCUCUCCUUUGUCCCUAUUUCUCUCCCCCUUUGUCUCUCUUUCUACCCCCUUUCUCUCCUCCUCUUCUCCUCUCCCGUUGUCUAGCUCUUCCCCAUUUCUCUCCCCUCUCUUCUCUCUCCUCCUUAUUCGUCUCUCACCCCUGCGUCGCUGCCUCUCGUCUUGCUUCCUCUUCCCCCUCUCUCUCUCCCCCCCCUUUCUCUCCAUGAGGUCAGUCUCUCCGGCUUAUAUAUCGUCUUCCCCCUUCUCUCCUCCUUGAAUCUUUCUUCCUCACGCUCCCCCUUUCCUCUCCUCCCCCUCUCCCCCCUUUCUCUCCCCCCCAAGAGGUCAAGUCUGGCUUAUUUAUCGGAUGUUUGAAAUGUUUUCUUCCUACAGCGUUUUGUCUCUUUAGACAUAUUUUAUAGAACAUUUGAUGAAACACUAAAUGUAAUAGCCUAUAGUUCUAUACACAUAUGUGGGUUCAGUAAUUUAGUGAACACCUCCUCCCUGUGCCUUCAUCUUUGUCUGAGGUUGCCUUUAGGUUAUUUCCCAAUUAAAUCAGUUUCAUUCCCCCUCUUCAAAUCCAAAACCAAGCCAUGCAGUGUAGUCAUUGAUCCAUAUUCACAAGCCAAGAAUGACUAUAAAGAUGUGUCAAAUGCUGCAAAUAUAAUGAACAGCUCUUACGUUUUGUGAUUAAAGUUGAUUUCAUUUUCCAGACGAUGCUCAGUUGAUGUGGUUUGAGCGUCUGUACAUGGGCCUGCUGUGUUUUGAGAAAUACGUUGUUUACCCAGCCAUCAUUCUGAGUGCGCUCACCAAUGAUGGCUUCUCACUCAGUCACCGAAAGAAGCUAGGCAUCCAGUGAGUAUCUUUCUUAAAGAUUUUAAUAAAAAACACAUACACCCUCCUUUCCUUGACACCAAAACCCAGACCUGUGUCAAAUAAAGUAAAUCAAAUCAAAGUUUAUUGGUCGCGUACACAGUUUGGCAGAUGUUACAGGGGGUGCAGCGAAAUGAUUGUGUUAAUAGCUCCUACAGUGCAUCAAAAAUGUCAAACAAGGACACAAAUACUAUAAUAAUCAAAAACCAAAAACAAUAAAUCACGAAUGUCAGAACAAAUCCAGUAUUUGAUGUGCUCUUGGUUUAGCUUGGUUUAGUUUCUACUUUUGGAACUAUUCCAGUGGUUCCAUUGUACCGAGACUAAAUCAAGUAUUUGACGCAGGUCUUCUAAGAACCAUUUUUAGUUUAAAACCAGUUUGUUUAGAUAAUCUGUCUAACAUUCAGUUUAGAAUGUAGAGUUAAUGUUUUUCCAGGUAGACAGUGUGAAAUACCUUAAACUUGCCUCUGUCACACUUAUUCGAUUAACUUAAAAUGCCAGUCUUCAUGUAGCGCCUGGGGAAACGUUUUCCAGAAACACACAGUUCUUCACAGGUUUAUACUAUACAGUCUUCACCAAGGUUAUUAUAGUUGUAUGUUUUUAUAUUCAUUUUUAUUUCUAUUAGUUUUUCAACCUGAUUUACUAGUUUUUACUUAGUUUGAGUUGAAUAAAAAUGUAUUUUGUUUUGAUAAUAUUUAUUUUCAGUUUUAGUGUUAGGGACAGAAUGUACCGGAUUUCUUCCUUGUUAGCUAGUGAUAGCUAGUGAUAGUGAUGUUUGGCCUAUUUGAAACAUCGCCACCUUCUGGCAGCAUUUACCCACCAGAUUCAGAAGCUUAAAAACCCCAUUAGAAAAAAAGCUUGAAAACCCCUUUAGAAAGAAGCUUGAAAACCCCAUUAGAUUUUUGCCCAAAGUAAAAAAGAAAACAAAAAGAAAACUGAACAUAAUUCAUGAUGGUUUUUAUUUUUUUUUGCGUUAGUUUUCGAGUCAAAGAUAGUUUCAGUAUCGUUUUAGUUUUUCAAACGGGUUUGUUAAUGAUUUUAUUUCAGUUUACAAAAUAGUUUUUUCAUGAUUCAUUUUCAUUUUAGUUUCAGUUUUAGUUUACUAUAAUAACCUUGGUCUCCACCACUCCCCACUGUGCAUGUUGGAGGUGCAACAAAACCCUGAGUACCUUCAUCAAUCAAAGAAAUAUCACAAAUAUCACUAUGCAUGACCUUUGCUAGGGAAGAAAGUGUGAUGUAUAUACAGUGUUACGAACCCCGUGGCUCUAAACAUCUAGGGUGGAUGGACAUGAGACCCGUAACAUAAAUUCAUGUAAAUUAUAAGUGUGGCAUGGAACAGUGAGAACAAAAAUGACACAACAACCAUGAACUACCGUCAAACAAAGUGUUUAUUUCUGAACACACGGUAAGGGUUUGGGAAAAAGGGCUGAGCAGGACCCAAGAAAUGAAACAAUAGUGUAAAACCCCCUAAACUGAUCUUGCCUGCCUCAAGAACCGCUAGGCUACUGCUACCAUACAAAAAUACAGUGGGUGGUCCGCUCAGGUCUAACUAGUGUUUAUAGACAGAUUUCUUCCUACGGGUAAUGUACGCCCAAGGGCAACUCAUCAGAUAUUAUGAACGACUGCGCCGCACCAGUAUCUCUGAGGAUUCUAACUGGACGCUGAGACGCUUCGUCAUCUGAUAUAGAAACAAACCCCUCAAAAAUGAACGGUUCAUAACUGUGAUCUGGGACAGGGACUUUCAAACCACAUUCACUAUGCGGCUUCUGUCUUGAUUCCGGCCUUACAACCGUACGAAUCAGCCCAACACCCGUUGGUGGCCUGGCGUGCUGAGGCAUCCCCGGUUUGCGUUUUAGCAGAAACCAAUCAUUAACCAUAUGUCCCACCUUAUGACAAUAGAAACAGUGACGCACAUCUUUUGGGCGCGCUGGAUGUACUGCUGGUCGACUAGGACUAAAAGUUAGCAACUCCGCAGCCCUGCUCUCCGUACGAGCCGAAAACACGCUCUUAUGCGUCAACACAAACUCGUCUGCCAAUACAGACGCUUCCGACAGUGAGGAUACUUUCUGUUCGUUCAGAUAAACUACAAUGCGUUCCGGUAAGCAAUUUUUAAACUCUUCUAACAAGAUUAACUCCCGUAGAGAGUUAAAAUCAGUUACCUUACUAGCACUGUGCCAUUUGUCAAACAGAUUUCCUUUGUCUCUAGCAAACUCCACAUAAGUCUGAGUAGGAGACUUUUUAUGAGACCUAAAUCUCUGUCGAUAUGCCUCAGGAACAAGCUCAUAGGCACGAAGAACAGUAGCUUUGACCACUUCAUAAUUCAAACUGUCUUCAAGAGGUAGCGCUGCCAGAACCUCUUGGGCUUUACCUGUUAGCUUACACUGAAGUAAUAGGCACCAUACCUCGUCGGGCCAUUUCAAUGCUACCGCUAUAUGUUCAAACACACUGAAAUAGGAAUCAACCUCUGACUCCCUAAACACAGGUACCAAGGUGAUCUGCCUACUAAUAUCAAACGUAGCAGAUGACACAGCUGGUGAGGAUGGCUCACUAGCAGGCAUAGUAUGAGCAGAGACUAACCUCGCUGUUUCUGCCUCUAGUUCCAUUUUACGCAUCUCCAGUUCCAUCUUACGCGUCUCCAGUUCUUGAUCAAGCCUACGCGUCUCCAGUUCUGCCUCUAGCUUACGCGUCUCCUGUUCUGCCUCUAGCUCCAUUUUACGCAUCUCCAGCUUGUCUUGCCUGAUUUGUGCCCGCUCUUCCGCCUCCAUUUGGACCGGGUCGAACGGACAUCGAUCCUGGCAUCACUGUCAGUCAGUGGGGAGAGUGGGUCAUAACGGGGGAAUGUGGCUGGAGCCUUAGCCUCGUCUUCAGACACUGAUGGGCUUACAGGAACAGCAACCACAUCCCCUACAGGAGCAGCAGACUCAGGCGGCGGUAACUCAAGCACUCGCUCGUUCAAUAAUAUCGCUAACACUACUUCCCUAACUUCUGCUUUCACUAAACCCCUCGGUAUGGGUACAGAAAAGUGGUCAGCCAAAACCUGUAGAUCCACUCUACGGCAAUUUUCAAAAACCCCCCACGUAGGGUUUUCCAAAAAUGCCUCUAGCUCAAAAGUAGCCAUUCUACUAGCAACACGAGCCGUCGACUACUGAACACAAAAAAAAACAGGUAGUACAGCUGCCAAGCUCAACACUGAACCAGACACUUACUAAUUUACAUGAGUAGCAUGGGAUAGAUCCCGGACGAGCCCCCACUUUAUGUUACGAACCCCGUGGCUCUAAACAUCUAGGGUGGAUGGACAUGAGACCCGUAACAUAAAUUCAUGUAAAUUAUAAGUGUGGCAUGGAACAGUGAGAACAAAAAUGACACAACAACCAUGAACUACCGUCAAACAUAAAGUGUUUAUUUCUGAACACACGGUAAGGGUUUGGGAAAAAGGGCUGAGCAGGACCCAAGAAAUGAAACAAUAGUGUAAAACCCCCUAAACUGAUCUUGCCUGCCUCAAGAACCGCUAGGCUACUGCUACCAUACAAAAAUACAGUGGGUGGUCCGCUCAGGUCUAACUAGUGUUUAGACAGAUUUCUUCCUACGGGUAAUGUACGCCCAAGGGCAACUAGCUUAAACUCCCCUUUUCCCAGAAACACACAAAGCUACCAAACAGGGUAAUCAGCAACAAAGUAAGUACACAAUACACAGGACACAACAGUAUCCACACUCACAUAAAGAAAUAGAUUCUAAUAAAGUUACCAAUAGGGUAACCAACAACUUAGUGAGUACACAAUACACAGGACACCACCGUGUCCAUACUCACAUAUGGAAAAAGUCUCUCUCCCUUGCAACAAACACAAGUCUGGUUUUUAUAAAAUGGGAUGUGUGAUUGAACAAACGAGUAACAGGUGGUGCAAUUCACAGGCAUGUUCACUGAUUGGUCCAAUCAGCAGACACUUCAACGACCACCAAUCAGGAACAAACAGGACACCUGUGAUUAGGGCAGAAAGAGUAGAAACACACAAAAACACAGGAUACCUGUAUCCGUAACAACAGUAUUAGCUAGUAUUGGUGCAUUUGUCUCCCCUGCCACCCUCCCCCUCCAUGUCACCCCUUUGCUUUGCUCCGCUGUGUCCCGCCUGUGCGCCUGAGUCGCUCAGGUCUCUGUCUCGCUCCAGCUGUGAUGUCUUGUUGAUGACAGUUGCUGGGAUGAAACUCCUCCGCGCCUCCUUCUGCAGUCCCAGCUUCCAGUUCGUCACUCUCAUCUUCACUGUCAUCUUCUUCGAGUUUGACUGCAGCAGAGCCUCUGAAACCUUUCUGCUGGAUUUCUUUAUUAUGUCCAUUGUCUUCCACAAGGUCAGUCUGUGACGUGACCAGAGACUGGUACACACUCUCCCAAUGACAGACCUCUGAAUACGAUAAGAUAGGAAAUGAAUGCAACUCACUAUGGCUGCGGUCCCCAAACUUCCUACAGUUGAUAAUUUUUUUUACAGUAGCAUUAUUUGGGGUCUGUGAAGCAGCGAACACAGCUGCUCUGUAGAGUGGCCUUCUUUCUUUUGAUUAUCUUUGAUUUAUUUUUAGGAUCUGAUCUAAAAAAGAACUAUUUGUUGUCUGUCAGUGACUCACAGUAGGUCUUUGUUCCUCUACAGCUCAGUGAUCUGCUUCACAAGCUCCACUUCAUCAUGGUCUACAUCGCACCGUGGCAGAUCGCAUGGGGCAGUGCCUUCCACGCGUUCGCUCAGCCCUUCGCUGUGCCUCGUAUCCUUCGGUUUUGGCAUGUGUAUGAACUACACGUUUCCACAUAUGUUUUGACGUUGCUCUGACUGAAACUGUAACCGCAAAUUUGACAGCAGGUAUGUGAGUAUGGUAAACCUGUUAAUACCUGGUGGUUGUUCCUUGGUUGUGGGGGUUCUCCUUCAUGAUGCAGCUCAGACUCAGCCAUGUUGCUGCUGCAGACGUUCAUCACAACUCUGUUCUACACCCCUCUCAGCCCCUUCCUGGGCAGCGCCAUCUUCAUCACCUCCUACCCGCGGCCCGUCAAGUUCUGGGAGAGGAACUACAAGUAAUGGCCUUUCACUGCCCGCAACUUGAGAUAAAGCACCAUUAAGCCCUUUAAGCACGUACCUUAAAGGGAUACUGCAAGAUUAUGGCAAACCGUUUAUCUACUUCCCCAGAGUUAGGUGAACUUGUGGAUACCAUUUUUAUGUUUCUGCAUGCAGUAUGAAGGAAGUUAAAGGUAGUUUCGCGAGAAAAUGGUAACUAGUGUUAGAGCAAUGACUGGAAGUCUACAGGUACGGUAGCAUAUGAGUUCAUCUGACACUGGGUAAGUAGAAAAACGGCUUAAUUGUCUGAAUCUCGCAGUAUGCCCUUAAACCACCACAGUGUGUCGACUGACCCCCAAGGUGUCCAGCCUCAGAGAUGGGACAAGAGAAAGUCCAUUAUGAAUAAAGAGGGGGACAAGGGAUGUCCAAAUCAGUUUGAGUCUAUGACCAAACCAUUGAGUGAGGUCACUGUCAAUAAUUAAUUGUUAGUCUGUUUCUAAUCUGCUCAGAAAAUAUGCAAGUGGCUUCCUAGAGCCCCUAUUGACAUCCAUAUAAGGACAUUUCUGUCUCAGAGAUGAUGUCAUACACUCAGCUGACUGAGCGAAGUGGUCUAGGCGGAGACAAACAGAGUAUAGAACCUCUACUCCAGUCACUGAGUUAUUAAUGAGGAUUUAUAUAACUAUUUUAACUAUAACUAACACAGGUCCGAAGAAGAAACCAGAAUACUCUCUUAUCGUAUGUUAGACAUUGUUUGCUGUAUGUAAAUGAAUGUCUCCCUAAUCUUGGUUUUGUACCAUUUUGCAGCACCAAAACGCAUUGACAACUCUAAUAGCAGACUUGUAUCUCAGGUUGAUAAAGAGACAGGUAAAAUAUUAAGUUUAUUGUAUAAAUAUCAACAUGUUUUCCCCCCUAAUAAACAUUAACCAGAGAAGCUGAUUUUGAAUUUCUCAACUCGACAAUGAUCUUCUCAUGGUUAAUACAUGUUGUUUUGUUGGUCAUGUCAAUCAGUGUAUUUUACAUAAACUUUUAUUCCCCCAGGAUGUGACGACAACAACCUGAACUCCAUCUUCUAUGAGUAUCUGACACGCUCUCUGCAGCACUCUCUGUGUGGUGACCUGAUGCUGGGCCGCUGGGGGAACUACAGCUCUGGAGACUGCUUUAUCCUGGCCUCCGACUACCUCAACGCCUUCGUUCACCUCAUCGAGAUCGGCAAUGGCCUGGUCACCUUCCAGCUCAGAGGCUUGGAGUUCAGAGGUCAGAUACUGACUAAUAUAGAGCAACACAAUGAGGAGCACUAUAUCACACCCAGAGCCAUAUACAGUACCAGUCAAAAGUUUGGACACACCUACUCAUUCAAGGCAUUUUUCUUACUUUUACUAUUUUCUACGUUGUAGACAAUAGUGAAGACAUCAAAACUAUGAAAUGACACAUAUGGAAUAAUGUAGUAAUGUAAUAACUCACGCAGUCUCCUCUGAACAGUUGAUGUUGAGAUGUGUCUGUUACUUGAAGUCUGUGAAGCAUUUAUUUGGGCUGCAAUUUCUGAGGCUGGUAACUCUAAUGAACUUAUCCUCUGCAGCAGAGGUAACUCUGGGUCUUCCAUUCCUGUGGCGGUCAUGAGAGCCAGUUUCAUCAUAGCGCUUGAUGGUUUUUGCGACUGCACAUUAAGAAACUUUCAAAGUUCUUGACAUUUUCCCAAUUGACUGACCUUAAUUUCUUAAAGUAAUGAUAGAUUGUCAUUGCUCUUUGCUUAUUUGUGAUGUAGCUCAGUUGAUAGAGCAUGUUUGCAACGCCAGGGUUGUGGGUUCGAUUCCCACGGGGGGCCAGUAUAAAAAAAAAAAAUGUAAUCACUAACUGUAAGUCGCUCUGGAUAAGAGCGUCUGCUAAAUGACUAAAAUGUAAAAUGUAAAUGUUAUUUGAGCUGUCCUUUCCAUAAUAUGGACUUGGUCUUUUACCAAAUAGGGCUAUCUUCUGUAUACUACCCCUAACUGAUUGGCUCAAACACAUUAAAUUCCACAAAUUAACUUUAAACAAGGCACACCUGUUAAUUGAAAUGCAUUCCUGGUGACUACCUCAUGAAGCUGGUUGAGAGAAUGCCAAGAGUGUGCAAAGCUGUCAUCAAGGCAAAGGGUGGCUACUUUGAAGAAUCUCAAAUAUAAAAUAUAUCUUGAUUUGUUUAACACUUUUUUGGUUACUACAUGAUUCCAUAUGUGUUAUUUCAUAGUUUUGAUGUCUUCACUAUUAUUCUACAAUGUAGAAAAUAUGUUUUCUUUUAAAUGACUAUGUGUGUAAAACUUUUGCCUGGUACUGUAUAUAAACUCAGCAAAAAAAGAAACGUCCGCUCACUGUCAACUGCGUUUAUUGUCAGCAAACUUAACGUGUAAAUAUUUGUAUGAACAUAACAAGAUUCAGCAACUGAGACAUAAACUGAACAAGUUCCACAGACAUGUGACUAACAUAAAUUGAAUAAUGUGUCCCUGAACAAAGGGGGGGUCAAAAUCAAAACAGUCCUGGUGUGGCCACCAGCUGCAUUAAGUACUGCAGUGCAUCUCCUCCUCAUGGACUGCACCAGCUUUGCCAGUUCUUACUGUGAGAUGUUACCCCACUCUUCCACCAAGGCACCUGCAUGUUCCCAGACAUUUCUGGGGGGAAUGGCCCUAGCCCUCACCCUCCGAUCCAACAGGUCCCAGACGUGCUCAAUGGGAUUGAGAUCCGGGCUCUUCGCUGGCCAUGGCAGAACACUGACAUUCCUGUCUUGCAGGAAAUCACGCACAGAACGAGCAGUAUGGCUGGUGGCAUUGUCAUGCUGGAGGGUCAUGUCAGGAUGAGCCUGCAGGAAGGGUACCACAUGAGGGAGGAGGAUGUCUUCCCUGUAACGCACAGCGUUGAGAUUGCCUGCAAUGACAACAAGCUCAGUCCGAUGAUGCUGUGACACACCGCCCCAGACCAUGACGGACACUCCACCUCCAAAUCGAUCCUGCACCAGAGUACAGGCCUGUCCGUCCUGUCUCCCUGUAGUGCUGUCUUAGGCGUCUCACAGUACGGACAUUGCAAUUUAUUGCCCUGGCCACAUCUGCAGUCCUCAUGCCUCCUUGCAGCAUGCCUAAGGCACGUUCACGCAGAUGAGCAGGGACCGUGGGCAUCUUUCUUUUGGUGUCAGUAGAAAGGCCACCUUAGUGUCCUACAUUUUCAUAACUGUGACCUUAAUUGCCUACCGUCUGUAAGCUGUUAGUGUCUUAACGACCGUUCCACAGGUGCAUGUUCAUUAAUUAUUUAUGGUUAAUUGAAUAAGCAUGGGAAACAGUGUUUAAACCCUUUACAAUGAGGAUCUGUGAAGUUAUUUUGAUUUUUACGAAUUAUCUUUGAAAGACAGGGUCCUGAAAAAGGGACGUUUCUUUUUUUGCUGUGUUUAUAUUCAAGUUUUUUUAAAAGUUGUUUCUAAUAAUCAUAAGCUCCACAUCUGGACCACAGACAUACAAUCACCAUGAACAUGAUGGUCUGUGCUCCUUCUCUCUCUGAUUCCAGAGGAGCUGGGUUAAAUGCGGAAGACACAUUUCGGUUGAAUGUAUUCAGUUGUGCAACUGACUAUGUAUCCCCUUUUCCCUUCUCCUCCUCCCUAGGUACAUACUUCCAGCAGAGGGAGGUAGAGGCCAUCACUGAGGGGGUGGAGGAGGACGAUUCCUGUUGCUGCUGUGAGCCGGGCCACCUGCCACACUUCCUGUCCUGCAACGCAGCCUUCAACCUGCGAUGGCUGGCCUGGGAGGUCACCACCACCAAGUACCUGCUGGAGGGCUACAGCAUCAGCGAGAACAACGCUGCCACAAUGCUGCAGGUGUACGACCUGCGCAAACUGCUCAUCACCUACUAUCUGAAGGUUGUAGACCUUUUGACUUCUUAUGGAAAUGUAACAGACAAUAAAGACUUGAAUUUGAAUUUAACCUAUGAUCUAAGCAGUAUAAUAUUCACUUAUUUUUUUACUUUCAACAUCUUUGUAAUUCAUUACUGGUUUUAUUUCAUAAGCAGUUAAGUCUGAGCUUCGUCUUAUGCUAGCAAAAAGGAGUAGGCCAUAAAAAGAUAUAUUUCAUCAUCAAUCCUCUGUCAUUGUUCCCUCAUGUUUCACCUCUAGAGCAUAAUCUACUACCUGAUCCAGUCCCUGAAGCUACAAACGUGGAUCAAGGAUCCCUCUAUCAUGGAGGCUCUGGUGUCCUACACCAAGUGGCACCACAUAGAGAGAGACCCGGCCGUGUUCAGCGUUAAGAUAGACGAGGACUACGUCCACUGCCUCCAGGGCGUCACCAGGGCCAGCUUCUGUAACAUCUAUCUGGAAUGGAUCCUGUACUGUGCCAACAAAAUGGAGGAGGUGAGUGGAGAUGUGAGACUGCAAUGCACAGUACAGUCAUGCAUGUAGUCAGGAAAAUUCCAGGCCCUUGUCUAGUUCAUUUUUCCUUGUCAGGAAAACUCCAUGACCAAGUCAUUUUUUGGUUUCCUUGCUUCUGGUCAUUUCAGAGGAUGUGAACACUGAUGUACUUUGACCCUUGUGUUUUGCCAGCCUGUGGACUGUGACGAGGACUCCCCUCUGGUCACUCUGUGCUAUGCCUUGUCUGUGCUGGGCAGGAGAUCCUUGGGGACAGCAUCUCACAACAUGUCCAACAGGUGAACCUUCCAUAGCUGUCAAAUAUGAAUUCCUUUCACGUUAUAUAUGGGGUGUUAUUACCCUCCAGUGAUGUUGUGUUGUGUUAUAUAUGGGGUGUUAUUACCCUCCAGGGAUGUUGUGUUAUAUUUGGGGUGUUAUUACCCUGCAGGGAUGUUGUGUUGUGAUAUAUAUGGGGUGUUAUUACCCUCCAGGGAUGUUGUGUUAUAUAUGGGGUGUUAUUACCCUCCAGGGAUGUUGUGUUAUAUAUGGGGUGUUAUUACCCUCCAGGGAUGGUGUGUUAUAAUGUGGGGGUGUUAUUACCCUGCAGGGAUGUUGUGUUGUGUAUAUAUAUGGGGUUGUUUAUUACCCCCAGGGAUGUUGUGUUAUAUAUGGGGGUUUAUUACCCUCCAGGGAUGUUGUGUAUAUAUGGGGUGUUUAUUACCCUCCAGGGAUGUUUGUGUUUAUAUAUGGGGUGGUUAUUACCGCUCCAUGGAUGUUGUGUUAUAUAUGGGGUGUUAUUACCCGCCAGGGAUGGUGUGGGUUAUAUAUGAGGUUGUUAUUACCCUCCAGGGAAUGUGUUGUUAUAGGUUGGGGUGUUAUUACCCUCCAGGGAUGUUGUGUUUGGGGUUAUAAUAUGAGGUUUUAUUACCCCCCAGGUGAUGGUUGUGUUGUGUUUAUAAUAUGGGUUUUAUUCCCUCCAGGGAUGUUUUUGUUUUGUAUUAUGGGGUUUUAUACCCCCCAGGGAUUGUGUUUUAUUAUAUAUGGGUGUUUUACCUCCAGGAGUUGUGUUGUUAUAUAUUUGGGGUUUUAUUACCCCGGGAUGUUGUUUAUAUAUGGGGUUUUAUUACCCUCGGGGAUGUUUGUGUCUGUGUUUAAUGGGGUUUUAUUACCCUCAGGAUUGUGUUUUAUAUGGGGUUUAUUACCAAAAGGGAUGUUUUUGUUUAUCUAGGGGGUUUUAUUACCUUCAGGAUGUUGUUUGUGUUAUAUAUGGUUUUCAUUCCCUCCAGGCUGUUGUGUUAUAUAUGGGUUUUAUUACCCUGCAGGAUGUUGGUGGUUUAUAUGGGGUUUUAUUCCUCCAGGGAUUUGUGUUAUAUAUGGGUUUUAUUACCCUCCAGGGAUGUUUUUUGUGUUUAUUUUUGGGGGUGUUUUACUUCAGGGAUUUUGUGUUGGGGAUAUAGGGGGUUUUAUUCCCCUCCGGCAUGUUGUGUUUGUGUUAUAUAUGGGUUUCCAUUACCCUCCAGGGAUGUUGUGUUUUGUUUAUAUGGGGUGUUUUUUACCCCCAGUGAUGUUGUUUUGUGUUUAUAUAGGGUUUUUAUUACCCUCGGCUUUAUGUGUUUAUAUGGGUUUUAUUACACUCCAGGGUGUUUUAUUGGGGUUUUCCCCUCCAGGAUGUUGUGUUGUGUUAUGGGGUUUAUUACCCUCCAGGUUUGUUGGUUGUUUUAAAUAAUGGGGUUUAUUACCCUCCAGGGAUGUUGUGGUUAUAUUUGGGGGGGUUAUUCCCCUGCAGGGAUGUUGUUUGUGAUAUAUUUGGGUGUUUUUAAACCUCCAGGGAUGUUUUGUUGGUUUAUAUAUUGGGGUUAUUACCCUCCGGGAUGUUGUGUUUGUUUUUAAUAUGGAGUGUUAUUACCCUCGGGAUGUUGUUUUAUAUUUGGGGUUUAUUACCCUCAGGGGUUGUGUUGUGUUAUAUAUGGGGUGUUUUUACCCUCCAGGGUUUGUUUUUUGUUGGUUAUAUAUGGGUUUUAUUACCCUCCGGAUUUUUGUUUAUUAUGGGGUUUUAUUACCCUGCAGGGAUUUUGUGUUGUGUUAUAUAGGGGUUUUAUUACCCUCCCGGAUGUUUUGUUUAUAUGGGUUUUAUUACCAAAAAGGGGAUUGUUUUUUGUGUUAUCUAUGGGGUUUUAUUACCUUCCAGGGAUUUGUGGUUGUGUUAUAUAUGGGUUUUCAUUACACUCCGGGCAUUUGGUUAUAUUAGGGGUUUAUUACCUCAGUGAUGUUGUUGUUGUUAUAUUGGGUUUAUUACCUUCCAGGGAUGUUUUGUUUGUUAUAUAAUGGGUUUUUCAUUACCCUCCAGGGAUGUUGUUUGUGUAUUAUGGGGUGGUUAUUACCUUCCAGGAGUUUGUGUUGUGAUAUUUUGGGGUUGUAUUACCCUCCGGCAUUUGUGUUGUGUUAUAUAUGGGUUUUCAUUACCCUCCAGGGUGUUGUGUUUGUGUUAUAUAUGGGGUUUGUUUUUUACCCUCCAGUGAUUUUGGUGUUGGUUAUUUUAGGGUUUUAUUACCCUCCAGGCAUGUUUUUGUUUAUGGGUUUUCAUUACACCCUCCAGGGAUGUUAUAUAUGGGGUGUUAUUACCUCCAGGGAUGUGUGUUGUGUUAUUAUGAGGUUUAUUACCCUCCAGGAUGUUUGUGUUGUUUUAAAUUUGGGGGUUUUUUCCCUCCGGGUAUUUGUGUAUAUUUUGGGGUUUUUACCCGGGGAUUUGUGUUUUAUAUAGGGGGGUUUUUAUUACCCCAGGGAUGUUGUUUUUUUUUAAAGGGGUGUUUUUUAAUUUGGGGUUUUUUUUUUUGGGGUUUUUUUUUAAAGGGUUUUUUAAAGUUUUUUGGGUUUUUUUUUUGGGUGUUUUUUAUGGGGGUUUUUUUUGUUUUGGGGUUUUUAUAUAGGGUUUUUUUUUUUUAAAUUUUGGGGGGUUUUUAAAUGGGGGUUUUUGGAUUUUGGGUUUUUUUUUUGGGGUUUUUACCCCCAGGAUUUUUGGGGGUUUUUUGGGAUGGGGUUUGUUUUUUUUUUUGGGGGGGUUUUUCCCCGGUGUUGGGUGUUUGUUUUUUGGGGUUUUUUUGGGGGGGGAUUGGGUUUUUUAAAAAAGGGGAUUUGGUUUUUGGGGUUUUGGGUUUUCUUUGGGGGUUUGUUUGGUUUUUUAACCCACAUUUGUUUUUUUUUUUUUUUUGGGAUUUUUUUUGGGAAAUUGGGGGGUUUUUUAUUAUUCCGGGUUUGUGUUUUUAUGGGGGUUUAUUCCCCCCCCGGUUUUUUUUGGGGUUUUUUUUUUUUCCCCAGGGUUUUGUUUUUUGGGGGGGUUUUUUUUACCCCCAGGGGUUUGUGUUUUUGGGUUUUACCCCCCUUUUUGGGGGGUGUUUUUUAAAAGGGGGUUUUUUUGAUGAUUGGGUUUUUUUACCCCCCGGGUUUUUGUUUUUUUGGGUUUUUUACCCCGGGUUUUUGGGUUUAUAGGGGUUUUUUCCCUCCAGGGAGUUUUUGGGGGUUAUUUGGGGUUUUUUUACCCCCGGGGUUUUUUUGGGUUUUAUAUUUUUUUUACCCCCGGAUGUUUUUUGUAUAAAAGGGGUUUAUUCCCCUGGGGAUGUUGUGGGGGUUUUUAUAUGGGGGUUUUUUUUCCACAUGUUUUUUUAAAUUUUGGGGGUUUAUUACCCCCCUGUUGUGUUUUUUUAUGGGGUUUUUUCCCCCAGGAUUUUUUUCUCACUCCAACCUCUGUCCCUCAUGUUUAACCUUGAGAGCAUUUAAUCCAAAACUAUACCUGAUCCAUUUUCCACUGAAGGUUUACAUAGCAUAAUCUGAGCUUCGAUGCUAGCAAAGGAUGGCCCAAAAAACAUCAUCCUGUCAGAUCCAUAGAGAAUCACUACGUCCGCCCUGAAGCUCAAGUGGUCAGGUCCCUCUAUCUGGAGCCUGGUGUCCUACCAAGUGGGCACCACAUAGAAGAGACCCGGCCGUGUUCAGCGUUAAUAUAAGACGAGGACUACGUCCACUGCCUCCAGGGCGUCACCAGGGCCAGCUUCUGUAACAUCUAUCUGGAAUGGAUCCUGUACUGUGCCAACAAAUGGAGGAGGUGAGUGGAGAUGUGAGACUGCAAUGCACAGUACAGUCAUGCAUGUAGUCAGAAAAUUCCAGGCCCUGUCUAGUUCAUUUUUCCUUGGCAGGAAAACUCCAUGACCAAGUCAUUUUUUGGUUUCCUUGCUUCUGGCAUUUCAGAGGAUGUGAACACUGAUGUCUUUGACCCUUGUGUUUUGCCAGCCUGGUGGACUGUGACGAGGACUCCCCUCUGGUCACUCUGUGCUAUGCCUUGUCUGUGCUGGGCAGGAGAUCCUUGGGGACAGCAUCUCACAACAUGUCCAACAGGUGAACCUUCCAUAGCUGUCAAUAUGAAUUCCUUUCACGUUAUAUAUGGGGUGUUAUUACCCUCCAGUGAUGUUGUGUUGUGUUAUAUAUGGGUGUUAUUCCCCUCCAGGGAUGUUGUGUUAUAUUUGGGGUGUUAUUACCCUGCAGGGAUGUUGUGUUGUGAUAUAUAGGGGUGUUAUACCCUCCAGGGAUGUUGUGUUAUAUAUGGGGUGUUAUUACCCUCCAGGGAUGUUGUGUUAUAUAUGGGGUGUUAUUACCCUCAGGGAUGUUUUUUGUUAUAUUUGGGGUGUUAUUACCCUGCAGGGAUGUUGUGUUGUGAUAUAUAUGGGGUGUUAUUACCCUCCAGGGAUGUUGUUUAUAUAUGGGGUGUUUAUUACCCUCCAGGGAUGUUGUGUUAUAUAUGGGGUGUUAUUACCCUCAGGGAUGUUGUGUUAAUUAGGGGUGUUAUUACCCUCCAGGGAUGUUGUGUUAUAUAUGGGGUUUUAUUACCCUCCAGGGAUGUUGUGUUAUAUAUGGAGUGUUAUUACCCUCCAGGGAUGUUGUGUUAUAUUUGGGGUUUUAUUACCCUCCAGGGAUGUUGUGUUGUGUUAUAUAUGAGUUUUAUUACCCUCCAGGGAUGUUGUGUUGUUAUUAUUAUGGGGUGUUAUUACCCUCCAGGGAUGUUGUGUUGUGUUAUAUAUGGGGGUUUUAUUACCCUCCAGGGUGAUGUUGUGUUAUAUAUGGGGUUUUAUUACACCUGCAGGGAUGUUGUGUUGUGGUUAUAUAUGGGGUUUAUUACCCUGCAGGGAUUGUUGUGUUAUAUAUGGGGUUUUAUUACCAUAAAGGGAUGUUGUGUUGUGGUUAUCUAUGGGGUUUAUUACCUUCAGGGAUGUUUGUGUUGUGUUAUAUAUGGGUUUUCAUUACACUCCAGGCAUGUUGUGUUAUAUGGGGUUUUAUUACCCUGCAGUGAUGUUGUGUUGUGUUAUAUAUGGGGUUUUAUUACCUUCCAGGGAUGUUGUGUUAUAUAUGGGUUUUCAUUACCCUCCAGGGAUGUUGUUUUGUGUUAUAUAUAUGGGGUGUUAUUACCUUCCAGGGAUGUUGUGUUGUGUAGAUAUUAGGGGUUUUCUUACCCUCCAGGCAUGUUGUGUUGUGUUAUAUAUGGGUUUUCAUUAACCUCCAGUGAUGUUGGUGUUGUGUUUAUAUGGGGUGUUAUUACCCUCCAGUGAUGUUGUGUUGGUGUUAUAUAGGGUUUAUUACCCUUCCAGGCAUUGUUGUGUUAUAUAUGCGGUUUUCAUUACACUCCAGGGAUGUUAAUAUGGGGUGUUAUUACCCUCAGGGAUUGUGUGUUGUGUUAUAUGAAGGUUUUAUUACCCUCCAGGGAUGUUGUGUGUGUUAUAUAUGGGGGUGUUAUUACCCUCCAGGGAUUGUUGUGUUAUAUUUGGGGGUGUUAUUACCCCUGCAGGGAUGUUGUGUUUGUGAUAUAUAUGGGGUUUAUACCCUCCAGGGGAUGUUGUGUUUGUGUUUAUAUGGGGUGUAUUUACCCUCCAGGUUGGUUGGGUUAAUAUGGAGUGUAUUACCCUCCAGGGAUGUGUGUUGUGUUAUAUUUGGGGUGUUAUUACCCUCCAGGGAGGUUGUGUUAUAUUUGGGGUGUUAUUACCCUCCAGGGAUGUUUGUGUUGUGUUAUAUAGGGGUGUUAUUACCCUCCAGGGAUGUUGUGUUGUGUUAUAUAUGGGGUUUAUACCCUCCAGGGAUGUUGUGUUAUAUAUGGGGUUUUAUUACCCUGCAGGGAUGUUGUGGUUGUGUUAUAUAUGGGGUUUUAUUACCCUGCAGGGAUGUUGUGUUAUAUAUGGGGUUUUAUUACCAUAAAGGGAUGUUGUGUUGUGUUAUCUAUGGGGUUUUAUUACCUUCCAGGGAUGUUGUGUUGUGUUAUAUAUGGGUUUUCAUUACACUCCAGGCAUGUUGUGUUAUAUAUGGGGUUUUAUUACCCUGCAGUGAUGUUGUGUGUGUUAUAUUGGGGUUUUAUUACUUCCAGGGAUGUUGUGUUGGUAUAUAUGGGUUUUCAUUACCCUCCAGGGAUGUGUUUGUGUUAUAUAUGGGUUUUAUUACCUUCAGGGAUGUUGUGGUUGUGCAUAUAUAUGGGGUUUUUAUACCCUCCAGGCAUGUUGUGUUGUGUUAUAUAUGGGUUUUCAUUACCCUCCAGGGAUGUUGUGUUGUGUUAUAUAUGGGGUGUUAUUACCCUCCAGUGAUGUUGUGUUGUGUUAUAUAGGGUUUUAUUACCCUCCAGGCAUGUUGUGUUAUAUAUGGGUUUUCAUUACACUCCAGGGAUGUUAUAUAUGGGGUGUUAUUACCCUCCAGGGAUGUUGUGUUGUGUUAUAUAUGAGGUUUUAUUACCCUCCAGGGAUGUUGUGUUGUGUUAUAUAUGGGGUGUUAUUACCCUCCAGGGAUGUUGUGUUAUAUUUGGGGUGUUAUUACCCUGCAGGGAUGUUGUGUUGUGAUAUAUAUGGGGUGUUAUUACCCUCCAGGGAUGUUGUGUUGUGUUAUAUAUGGGGUGUUAUUACCCUCCAGGGAUGUUGUGUUGUGUUAUAUAUGGGGUUUUAUUACCCUCCAGGGAUGUUGUGUUAUAUAUGGAGUGUUAUUACCCUCCAGGGAUGUUGUGUUAUAUUUGGGGUGUUAUUACCCUCCAGGGAUGUUGUGUUGUGUUAUAUAUGGGGUUUUAUUACCCUCCAGGGAUGUUGUUGUGUUAUAUAUGGGGUUUAUUACCCUCCAGAGAUGUUGUGUUGUGUUAUAUAUGGGGUUUUAUUACCCUCCAGGGAUGUUGUGUUAUAUAUGGGGUUUUAUUACCCUGCAGGGAUGUUGUGUUGUGUUAUAUAUGGGGUUUUAUUACCCUGCAGGGAUGUUGUGUUGUGUUAUAUAUGGGGUUUUAUUACCCUCCAGAGAUGUUGUGUUAUAUAUGGGGUUUUAUUACCAUAAAGGGAUGUUGUGUUGUGUUAUCUAUGGGUUUUCAUUACACUCCAGGCAUGUUGUGUUAUAUGGGUUUUCAUUACACUCCAGGCAUGUUGUGUUAUAUAUGGGGUUUUAUUACCCUGCAGUGAUGUUGUGUUGUGUUAUAUAUGGGGUUUUAUUACCUUCCAGGGAUGUUGUGUUGUGUUAUAUAUGGGUUUUCAUUACCCUCCAGGGAUGUUGUUUUGUGUUAUAUAUGGGGUGUUAUUACCUUCCAGGGAUGUUGUGUUGUGAUAUAUAUGGGGUUUUAUUACCCUCCAGGCAUGUUGUGUUGUGUUAUAUAUGGGUUUUCAUUACCCUCCAGGGAUGUUGUGUUGUGUUAUAUAUGGGGUGUUAUUACCCUCCAGUGAUGUUGUGUUAUAUAGGGUUUUAUUACCCUCCAGGCAUGUUGUGUUAUAUAUGGGUUUUCAUUACACUCCAGGGAUGUUGUGUUAUAUAUGGGGUGUUAUUACCCUCCAGGGAUGUUGUGCUGUGUUAUAUAUGGGGUUUUAUUACCCUCCAGGGAUGUUGUGUUAUAUAUGGGGUUUUAUUACCCUCCAGGGAUGUUGUGUUGUGAUAUAUAAGGGGUGUUAUUACCCUCCAGGGAUGUUGUGUGGUGUUAUAUAUGGGGUGUUAUUACCCUCCAGGCAUGUUGUGUUAUGAUAUAUAUGGGGUGUUAUUACCCUCCAGGCAUGUUGUGUUAUGAUAUAUAUGGGGUGUUAUUACCCUCCAGGGAUGUUGUGUUAUAUAUGGGGUUUUAUUACCCUCCAGGGAUGUUGUGUUGUGUUAUAUAUGGGGUGUUAUUACCCUCCAGGGAUGUUGUGUUGUGAUAUAUAAGGGGUGUUAUUACCCUCCAGGGAUGUUGUGUGGUGUUAUAUAUGGGGUGUUAUUACCCUCCAGGCAUGUUGUGUUAUGAUAUAUAUGGGGUGUUAUUACCCUCCAGGGAUGUUGUGUUAUAUAUGGGGUGUUAUUACCCUCCAGGGAUGUUGUGUUGUGUUAUAUAUGGGGUGUUAUUACCUUCCAGGGAUGUUGUGUUGUGUUAUGUUAUAUAUGGGUUUUCAUUACCCUCCAGGGAUGUUGUGUUGUGUUAUAUAUGGGGUGUUAUUACCUUCCAGGGAUGUUGUGUUGUGUUAUAUAUGGGGUUUUAUUACCCUCCAGGGAUGUUGUGUUAUAUAUGGGGUGUUAUUACCCUCCAGGGAUGUUGUGUUAUAUUUGGGGUGUUAUUACCCUCCAGGGAUGUUGUGUUGUGUUAUAUAUGAGGUUUUAUUACCCUCCAGGGAUGUUGUGUUGUGUUAUAUAUGGGGUUUUAUUACCCUGCAGGGAUGUUGUGUUGUGUUAUAUAUGGGGUUUUAUUACCCUCCAGGGAUGUUGUGUUAUAUAUGGGGUUUUAUUACCAUGCAGGGAUGUUGUGUUGUGUUAUCUAUGGGUUUUCAUUACACUCCAGGCAUGUUGUGUUAUAUAUGGGUUUUCAUUACACUCCAGGCAUGUUGUGUUAUAUAUGGGGUUUUAUUACCCUGCAGUGAUGUUCUGUUGUGUUAUAUAUGGGGUUUUAUUACCUUCCAGGGAUGUUGUGUUGUGUUAUAUAUGGGUUUUCAUUACCCUCCAGGGAUGUUGUUUUGUGUUAUAUAUGGGGUGUUAUUACCUUCCAGGGAUGUUGUGUUGUGAUAUAUAUGGGGUUUUAUUACCCUCCAGGGAUGUUGUGUUGUGUUAUAUAUGGGGUGUUAUUACCCUCCAGGGAUGUUGUUUUGUGAUAUCUAUGGGUUGCUAUUACCCUCCAGGGAUGUUGUGUUGUGAUAUAUAUGGGGUUAUAUUACCUUCCAGGCAUGUUGUGUUGUGUUAUAUAUGGGUUUUCAUUACCCUCCAGGGAUGUUGUGUUGUGUUAUAUAUGGGGUGUUAUUACCCUCCAGGGAUGUUGUGUUGUGUUAUAUAUGGGGUUGUAUUACCCUCCAGGGAUGUUGUGUUGUGUUAUAUAUGGGGUGUUAUUACCCUCCAGUGAUGUUGUGUUGUGUUAUAUAUGGGGUUAUAUUACCCUCCAUGCAGGUUGUGUUAUAUAUGGGUUUUCAUUACACUCCAGUGAUGUUGUGUUAUAUAUGGGGUGUUAUUACCCUCCAGGGAUGUUGUGUUGUGUUAUAUAUGGGGUUUUAUUUCCCUCCAGGCAUGUUGUGUUGUGUUAUAUAUGGGGUGUUAUUACCCUCCAGUGAUGUUGUGUUGUGUUAUAUAUGGGGUUAUAUUACCCUCCAUGCAGGUUGUGUUAUAUAUGGGUUUUCAUUACACUCCAGGGAUGUUGUGUUAUAUAUGGGGUGUUAUUACCCUCCAGGGAUGUUGUGUUGUGUUAUAUAUGAGGUUUUAUUACCCUCCAGGGAUGUUGUGUUGUGUUAUAUAUGGGGUGUUAUUACCCUCCAUGCAUGUUGUGUUGUGUUAUAUAUGGGGUGUUAUUACCCUCCAGGCAUGUUGUGUUUUGUUAUAUAUGGGGUGUUAUUACCCUCCAGGGAUGUUGUGCCGUGUUAUAUAUGGGGUUUUAUUACCCUCCAGGGAUGUUGUGUUAUAUAUGGGGUUUUAUUACCCUCCAGGGAUGUUGUGUUGUGUUAUAUAUGGGGUGUUAUUACCCUCCAGGGAUGUUGUGUUGUGAUAUAUAAGGGGUGUUAUUACCCUCAGGGAUGUUGUGUUGUGUUAUAUAUGGGGUGUUAUUACCCUCCAGGCAUGUUGUGUUGUGAUAUAUAUGGGGUGUUAUUACCCUCCAGGGAUGUUGUGUUAUAUAUGGGGUUUUAUUACCCUCAAGGGAUGUUGUGUUGUGUUAUAUAUGGGGUGUUAUUACCCUCCAGGGAUGUUGUUUUGUGAUAUCUAUGGGGUGUUAUUACCCUACAGGGAUGUUGUGUUGUGUUAUAUAUGGGGUGUUAUUACCCUCCAGGCAUGUUGUGUUGUGUUAUAUAUGGGGUGUUAUUACCCUCCAGGCAUGUUGUGUUAUAUAUGGGUUUUCAUUACCCUCCAGGCAUGUUGUGUUGUGUUAUAUAUGGGGUGUUAUUACCCUCCAGGGAUGUUGUGUUAUAUAUGGUUUUUCAUUACCCUCCAGGCAUGUUGUGUUGUGUUAUAUAUGGGGUUUUAUUACCCUCCAGGGAUGUUGUGUUGUGUUUUAUAUGGGGUUUUAUUACCCUCCAGGGAUGUUAUGUUGUGUUAUAUAUGGGGUUGUAUUACCCUCCAGGGAUGUUGUGUUAUAUAUGCGGUGUUAUUACCCUCCAGGGAUGUUGUGUUGUGUUAUAUAUAUGGGGUUUUAUUACCCUCCAGGGAUGUUGUGUUGUGAUAUAUAUGGGGUGUUAUUACCCUCCAGGCAUGUUGUGUUGUGUUAUAUAUGGGGUUUUAUUAUCCUCCAGGGAUGUUGUGUUGUGAUAUAUAUGGGGUGUUAUUACCCUCCAGGCAUGUUGUCUUGUGAUAUAUAUGGGGUUUUAUUUCCCUCCAGGGAUGUUGUGUUGUGUUAUAUAUGGGGUUUUAUUACCCUCUAGGGAUGUUGUGUUGUGUUAUAUAUGGGGUUUUAUUACCCUGUAGGGAUGUUGUGUUGUGUUAUAUAUAGGGUUUUAUUACCCUCCAGGGAUGUUUUGUUAUAUAUGGGGUUUUAUUACCCUCCAGGGAUGUUGUGUUGUGUUAUAAAUGGGGUUUUAUUACCCUCCAGGGAUGUUGUGUUAUAUAUGGGGUUUUAUUACCCUCCAGAGAUGUUGUGUUGUGUUAUAUAUGGGGUGUUAUUACCCUCCAGGGAUGUUGUGUUAUAUAUGGGUUUUCAUUACCCUCCAGGCAUGUUGUGUUGUGUUAUAUAUGGGGUUUUAUUACCCUCCAGGGAUGUUGUGUUGUGUUUUAUAUGGGGUUUUAUUACCCUCCAGGGAUGUUAUGUUGUGUUAUAUAUGGGGUUGUAUUACCCUCCAGGGAUGUUGUGUUAUAUAUGCGGUGUUAUUACCCUCCAGGGAUGUUGUGUUGUGUUAUAUAUAUGGGGUUUUAUUACCCUCCAGGGAUGUUGUGUUGUGAUAUAUAUGGGGUGUUAUUACCCUCCAGGCAUGUUGUGUUGUGUUAUAUAUGGGGUUUUAUUAUCCUCCAGGGAUGUUGUGUUGUGAUAUAUAUGGGGUGUUAUUACCCUCCAGGCAUGUUGUCUUGUGAUAUAUAUGGGGUUUUAUUUCCCUCCAGUGAUGUUGUGUUGUGUUAUAUAUUGGGUUUUAUUACCCUCUAGGGAUGUUGUGUUGUGUUAUAUAUGGGGUGUUAUUACCCUCCAGGGAUGUUGUGUUGUGUUAUAUAUGGGGUUUUAUUACCCUGUAGGGAUGUUGUGUUGUGUUAUAUAUAGGGUUUUAUUACCCUCCAGGGAUGUUUUGUUAUAUAUGGGGUUUUAUUACCCUCCAGGGAUGUUGUGUUGUGUUAUAAAUUGGGUUUUAUUACCCUCCAGGGAUGUUGUGUUAUAUAUGGGGUUUUAUUACCCUCCAGAGAUGUUGUUGUGUUAUAUAUGGGGUUUUAUUACCCUCCAGGGAUGUUGUGUUGUGAUAUAUAUGGGGUUUUAUUACCCUCCAGGCAUGUUGUGUUGUGUUAUAUAUGGGGUUUUAUUACCCUCCAGGGAUGUUGUGUUAUAUAUGGGGUUUUAUUACCCUCCAGGCAUGUUGUGUUGUGAUAUAUAUGGGGUGUUAUUACCCUCCAGGUAUGUUGUGUUGUGAUAUAUAUGGGGUGUUAUUACCCUCCAGGGAUGUUGUGUUGUGAUAUAUAUGGGGUGUUAUUACCCUCCAGGGAUGUUGUGUUGUGUUAUAUAUGGGGUUUUAUUACCCUGUAGGGAUGUUGUGUAGUGUUAUAUAUGGGGUUUUAUUACCCUCCAGGGAUGUUGUGUUGUGUUAUAUAUGGGGUGUUAUUACCCUCCAGGGAUGUUGUGUUGUGUUAUAUAUGGGGUUUUAUUACCCUGUAGGGAUGUUGUGUUGUGUUAUAUAUGGGGUUUUAUUACCCUGUAGGGAUGUUGUGUAGUGUUAUAUAUGGGGUUUUAUUACCCUCCAGGGAUGUUGUGUUAUAUAUGGGGUUUUAUUUCCCUCCAGGGAUGAUUUAACACAUCAAGCCACAAUGAGCUGUAGUUUAUUGAUAUUCCAUAAGGGGGCAGCUAUAGCUCUCUGUAGUAUCACAGGGAUACGUGACGUGAGUCUCUAAAUUCUACCCCUCUGUUGCUGUAAUGUGAUAAACACCUUGACAAUUCCCCCUCUCUCUUUUUCUCUAACUCAGUUUGGAGUCGUUCUUGUAUGGGUUCAACACUCUGUUCAAAGGAGACUUCCGUAUCGCCACUAAAGAUGAGUGGGUGUUCACAGACAUGGAUCUGCUGCAGAAAGUGGUGGUCCCAGGCGUGAGGAUGAGUCUCAAGCUCCAUCAGGUAUUCACAAUAGCCUACUUUGAAGACAAUACCAUUCUCUUUCUCCCUUGUUGAAGUAGAAUAUGGUGGUAACUGUACAUUUAACCUUGAGCUCUUCCUGUGCUUUCUCAGUGGACUGCACGUGUAUCUUGAUGUACAGUGGAGCUGCAAAUAUAAGCAAUGGAGGCAAUCAAAGGCACAUUGUCGAUAAGUACACUGCACUUGACUUUUAAAGGUAAUUUACCCUUGAGCUGCUUUUAUUAUGAAUACGAUUCCCGCAAAUGUCUGAAAAAUUGUCUUUAAAAGGUGCAAUUCACUGUAAACCACAGUGGUGAGGGGAGGACUGAUCAUAAUAAUGGCUGUAAUGGAAUAAUGGAAUGGUAUCAAGCACAUGGAAACUGUGUUACCGUUCCAUUUAUUCCAUUCCAGCCAUUAUUCCAUUCCCGUCCUCCCCAAUUAAGGUGCCACCAGCUGCCUGUGCUGUAAACGCUGCGGAUAUAGGCUCAAGUGUAAAUGACAUAUUAAAGGUCAAAAAGUUGUUGACAAUGCUCCGUUAAUUGAAUCCCGUCCUUAAAGUGGUUCAGUUAAUCCCUGUAAUAAAACUUUUACUCACACCGAUAUACUUACUGCUUUGUUCCUUGGUUGCUCUCAGGACCACUUUACAUGUCUGGAGGAGACAGAGGAGCCAGCCAUGUUGUAUGAGGCCAUUAGUAACUACAAGGCCAGUCUGGUGAUCUGCCAUGAGAGUGACCCAGCCUGGAGGAAGGCGGUUCUGUCCAGCCGGGACACUUUGCUCACACUGAGACACAUGGUGGACGACGGCACGGACGAGUACAAGAUCAUCAUGCUCUACAAACGCCACCUCAGCUUCAAGGUCAUCAAGGUGGGUGUUGGAUGAAUGGUGUAGGGUGAUGUUGCCCCUAGACGCUGAUCUUGGGUCAGUGUUGCAUUUCCCCCACAAAUGGUUAAGGUUAGGAUUGGGGAAGGGGAACCUGAUCCUAGACCUGUACAGUUGAGCUGAACACAUGCUGAAUUCCAAGCCCCUACUCCGUGGCCACCUUUGUAGAUCUGAGAGGAUUGGAUAAAUAUGGCGUUUUUUCUAAGAUGAAGUUAUUACCAUAUUUCUUACAUCUAUCCAGUCAUCUCAGAUCUACAGAAGGGGCUAUGGUACUAUAGGUCAAACUGGAAUGAUUCAGCAUUGUUGUCUGUUCAAGCUGUCUGGAACAUGAGAUUACGUGAUUCUGAUCAACUCUACAUAUUGAUAGAGUUUAGCUUUAGAAGUGUGGGGUGUAUGAGUUUUUGGUUUGAUUAAUACAUAAAGAAACUUGAUCCAAAUGGUUCUGCCAUAUCCAGUUGAUUAAAAUGGUGAUUUAAUCAGAGUAAAGAAAUGUGGAUUUGGACUGCGUGUCAUGUGUAUUCAGAUGUCAGUAAUACUACCCUCUUCAUCCUCUCCUCUCUUCUAGAUCAAUAAGGAGUGUGUAAGGGGCCUGUGGGCCGGCCAGCAGCAGGAGCUGGUGUUCUUACGCAACCGCAACCCGGAGCGCGGCAGCAUCCAGAACUCCAAGCAGACCCUCCGAAACAUGAUCAACUCGUCGUGCGACCAGCCGCUGGGCUACCCCAUGUACGUGUCCCCCCUCACCACCUCCUACAUGGGCACCCACAAGCAGCUGAGGAGCAUCUGGGGCGGCCCUCUCAGCCUGGACAGCAUCAAGACCUGGCUCUUGUCCAAGAGGCUGCGGUAAGUUCUGGCUGCUGGAGGCAGGCCAAGGGGAAACAGAGGGGGCUCCAUUAUCAGCCAGUCUGCUAGUGCUCUGCUCCCCUAUGGAUGGAAUCCAAUCAGGGCUUUUUCUUCUGUGACAGCACCACUCUUCCCAAACCCUACAGGGCCAAAGUGCUGCGACGUGUUCAGCUGCAUCCAGCGCAAUUUGAAUAACUACAGUUGAAGUCGGAAGUUUACGUACACCUUAGCCAAACACAUUUCAACUCAGUUUUUCACAAUUCAUGACAUUUAAUCCUAAUAAAAAUUCCCUGUCUUAGGUCAGUUAGUUAUUUUAAGAAUGUGAAAUAUCAGAAUAAUAGUAGAGAGAAUGAUUUAUUUCAGCUUUUAUUUAUUUCAUCACAUUCCUAGUGGGUCAGAAGUUUACAUACACUCAAUUAGUAUUUGGUAGCAUUGCCUUUAAAUUGUUUAACUUGGGUCAAACGUUUCGGGUAGCCUUCUACAAGCUACCCACAAUAAGUUGGGUGAAUUUUGGCCCAUUCCUCCUGACAGAGCUGGUGUAACUGAGUCAGGUUUGGAGGCCUCCUCUGCCCACACAUUUUCUAUAGGAUUGAGGUCAGAGCUUUGUGAUGGCCACUCCAAUACCUUGACUUUGUUGUCCUUAAGUCAUUUUGCCAUAACUGUGGAAGUAUGCUUGGGGUCAUUGUCCAUUUGGAAGACCCAUUUGCGACCAAGCUUUAACUUCCUGACUGAUGUCUUGAGAUGUUGCUUCAAUAUAUCCACAUAAUUUUCCUUCCUCAUGAUGCCAUCUAUUUUGUGAAGUGCACUAGUCCCUCCUGCAGCAAAGCACCCCCAAAGCAUGAUGCUGCCACCCCCGUGCUUCACGGUUAGGAUGGUGUUCUUCGGCUUGCAAGCGACCCCCUUUUUCCUCCAAACAUAACGAUGGUCAUUAUGCCCAAACAGUUCUAUUUUUGUUUCAUCAGACCAGAGGACAUUUCUCCAAAAAGUACGAUCUUUGUCCCCAUGUGCAGUUGCAAACCGUAGUCUGUCUUUUUUAUGGCGGUUUUGGAGCAGUGGCUUCUUCCUUUCUGAGCGGCCUUUCAGGUUAUGUCGAUAUAGGACUCGUUUUACUGUGGAUAUAGAUACUUUUGUACCUGUCCAUCUUCACAAGGUCCUUUGCUGUUGUUCUGGGAUUGAUUUGCACUUUUCGCACCAAAGUAUGUUCAUCUCUAGGAGACAGAACGCGUCUCCUUCCUGAGCGGUAUGACGGCUGCGUGGUCCCAUGGUGUUUAUACUUGCGUACUAUUGUUUGUACAGAUGAACGUGGUACCUUCAGGCGUUUGGAAAUUGCUCCCAAGGAUGAACCAGACUUUUGGAGGUCUACAAUUGUUUUUCUGAGGUCUUGGCUGAUUUCUUUGGAUUUUCCCAUGAUGUCAAGCAAAGAGGCACUGAGUUUGAAGGUAGGCCUUGAAAUACAUCCACAGGUACACCUCCAAUUGACUCAAAUGAUGUCAAUUAGCCUAUCAGAAGCUUCUAAAGCCAUGACAUAAUUUUCUGGAAUUUUCCAAGCUGUUUAAAGGCACAGUCAAUUUAAUGUAUGUAAACUUCUGACCCUCUGGAAUUGUGGUACAGUGAAUUAUAAGUGAAAUAAUCUGUCUGUAAACAAUUGUUGGAAAAAUUACUUGUGUAAUGCACAAAGUAGAUGUCCUAACCGACUUGCCAAAACUAUAGUUUGUUAACAAGACAUUUGUGGAGUUGUUGAAAAACAAGUUUUAAUGACUCCAACCUAAGUGUAUGUAAACUUCCGACUUCAACUGUACCAUCUACUGUUAGGCUUAUGGGCCUUUUAUGUUUAGUGUGAGGCGUGGCCUGCACUGUAAACUACUUAUAGGGACAUGUUUUCAUUUGAGAUCAGAUUGAGUUUUUAAUCCAGAUUCAUUGCCCUUCAGUUAUAGUUAAAUGUUUUCACUCCAUUUUAAUAAAGCUGUUAAGGUGUAUAGAAAGGUAACAUAGGCUGUGUGUGUGUUGUGUUGCAGGGUGCGGAAGGAUAACCUUACCAGCUGUAACAGUGGUGUGAACAUGGAGGAUGUGGACUGUGCAGGGGGCUCCUCUUCUCUGAGCCACAACCCAAACUCCAUCACCUCCCAGAGCCUGAGUCUGUACCAGGCCAGGCCCAACAGGACCUCUCACGCCAAUAGGCAGCACGCUACAGGUUUGGUUCUCUAUAGGAGGCACACAUGCAUGCUCCUGACAGAUGCAAUACAUGAUACGUUUAAAGGGAUAGUUCACCCAAGUUUCAACAUUUAG